ACUGAACCAUACGAGGCAUUUUCAGGGCAUUUUUAGCUCUUUCGAACGCUUAGGUCGCUAUAUUUAAAACCUACCAAAUAUCUAACAAGAAUAUUCGAACAACGAAAAGAAGUACAACUUUUUGUUAUAAUUUUGUGUCGAAGUAUGGAAUGCUAAACGCCAUGUUUACAGUGUUUGAAAGUGCAAAGACUCACAAGUCGUUAGGCUUAUUAGUGUAUGGGAGACGGGUUACAAAAUAUGGAAGGAGCAAGUCAGCAUGUUCGCCCUUCAAGACAGGCAAACAAUUCACCGAUACCACAACGCCAAGGUAGGGUAUGAAUACUAUUACAAGAGUACCCCUUGCCUUGUUUAACAAUACGUUUUGCUGGCAAGCAAAUCUGAUUUAUACAAACGAUUAUGCUCUCCAAAUGUUGUGAUUCUACAGCACUUAUGAGAUCUUCUGAAAAAAUAUUCCAGCAGUGACAAUUACACCAGAAAGCUGGGAUUAAGAGGGAUUCUACUUCCUUGAAAAUACAAGUAAAAGUUGACGUUUCGAGAAAUAGCCCUUUGUCAGGAUGUUACCAGUACCCGACGAAGGUCCUUCACUUGAAACAUAAUGAAGUUAAUUUACUUGACAUAUUUCAGAUAGUUGAAUUGCUUUCAAUCCGUAGCUUUCCAGUAUGGAAUGGAAAUGGAGAAAACUUUAUUUAGGGGCAACAUCCAUAUUCAUGUUGCUAUGCAAAAUGUCAAAAUGACGUUUUCGCCUCGACCCUGAAAAUGUCAAGCAUAAAAUGAAGUGUAUCUAAUACUUUAAAAGGGUAAAAUGUGGGGUUCCCACUCCAAAAGCACUUAAAAUAAAAUAUUAAACUUUUAUAUACCCUUGAAUCUUGAUAAAAUCACAAAAUUGCAAAUAAUUGCACAAAAACUGCAAAAGUUAUGAAAAAGGUUAAAUUGAAAAACAUUGCGAGCUCAGAAUUGUUUUAAUAUUCUUUGAUUUAUAAAAUAAAAUGUUUGUUUUGUUAGAUUGGACUCCUGCAGGCCAAAUAUCUUGAUUUUUGCCUCUUGGCCUCUCAAGUUGUUUGGCUUUUUUAUGUCUAUAACAAAAUUGACAAGAAUUUUUUAAAAAUUUGGCUUUUCUCAUUUGACCUCUUUUGGUAGAUUUUGGCAAUUUACCAAUGUUGUUAACUCGGCGAGUACUUCAUCAAUGAUGCGCCAAAGCCUAUUAUUCUAUCGGCAGGCCAGCUGCAUAUUUACUGUAAAAUUUAAAAACUAUUUGAACUUUGAUGCUUGUGAUGUUACUCUGAGUGUAUAUCCACACCGGGCAAGCUUGAAAAAUAUGCCUGUCCAUGGUGGGAAUCGAACCUACGACCUUUGGAAUACCAGCCCAAUCUCUGCCUGGAACUGAGCUAAGCAGUCAGGUCGGUUUGAGUAUGUGAUAUUUUGGAACAGAAUUUUUUUUCUGUGUUGGUGUAAUGUACUCAGGUGAAUAUGAUGCUUUGAUGUUACUCUGAGUGUAUAUUCACAUCGGACAAGCUUGAAAAAUAUGCCUGUCCACGGUGGGAAUCGAACCUAUGACCUUUGGAAUACCAGCCCAUGUAUAUAAUCACCAAACCAAUUGACAGCUGUUACAUCUUAUAUAAUUAGUGUACAAUGUAUAUUUCAGGUAAUUCCCAGAAAUCAUUGGUCAAAGGUAAAAAUGGCCAGAUCAAAUCACAAAAGUUUGCGAAAGGAGGGAGAGGAGCUUCCUUUGCCAAUUGCCAGAAAAACACAUAUCCAGACCAAGGUCGAGCAAGAGGAGGUCAAUACCCUCUUAGAAAAAGAGGUUUUACUGAUAAACGACCACCUACACAAGGAUUGAGACAAACUGAAAGAUUUAAUCCUGUAAGUGUUGGAAUGUUGAAGAAGCUUUCCACGCUUGCAAGCUUUCUUGUUGAGUUUCUUGGACACUCUCUGGUUUAAAAGAUGCAGAUUAGCAGUCAAAAACUCAUGGAAUAGAUAAAUAUUGUUCCCAAAAGUGGAACUCACACACUGGAUUUAAUAACAGAUUUCAAAACAAAUAAAUUUGCAUAAGUACGACAAAGAGAAUGUCCAUAAGGCAUACAGUCUUAUAAAUAAUUCGUUCGAAAAAUAUUACAAAAAGCAACAACUCCCAGCGAGCCUUUGCGUGCUUAGGGCACAGUGUCCCAAACUCUUUUAACAAUAACAAUAGCAAUUCCAAAACACCCCCCUCCCGAAUACGAAGUGUUCACUUUGCGAUGUCCUAGGCGUACUUUAAAAACUCUUGCCUACUUUGUGUUCGUUUUCAUCACCAUCUUCAAGUGCAACAAUUUCCUUCAGGUUAUAAAUGAGCUUCACAGUUAUUUCAUGCUCGCUUUCUAUUUUGAGAGCAGCUUUCCUGAUUUCGGUUUUAGUCGCUGGACUUCGACUGCCAAAACUUUUGUUAUCAGCAAGUUCUGAGAGUUUUAGUCUUUGCUGAUUUUUUGCGACUACACAACAUUCUAACCUUUUUCUUGUCGUGCUUGUUGUUUCAUCGGGAAUUUCAGUCGUGGUUUCAUCUUUACCAGGCUCGUGUUGAACAGUAAAAGCAGUGCCCACUGCUUUAGGCUGAGGGCACUGCUUUAUCUUCAGCUAAGUUUUCCGGCUAAAUAUCUUAGUUUUUCUCUGGUAAAGACCUAUCUGAAAUGAUCAUGUUUUGUGAGUGGCAUUCCGAAACAAAAACGAUCAUUGUUUGUGACUCGUUCUUUAGAAAGACGAUUUCUAUAGUUCUAUUGUCUUUCAUUGUUGUAACCAACCAAUCACGAGCCUGGAUAGUAUAGGUAGAUGAUGAACCCUUUUCUUGCUCAUAUUUGUCUUCAAUGAUCCCUUUUCUUGCUCACGUUCGACUCCAAAUAUCGAACUAUCAGUCGCGAAAUUUUGUCUAUUUUUCCUUUAGAUCCAGCUACGAAUGACUAAAUUGUUUCCAAAAAUGGGACUGACACAGUGAAUUUAAUAACAGAUUUUAAACAAAUAAAUUGACAUGAAUACGACCACGAAAAUGUAGUAUUAAUAAUUCGUUCGAACAUACUGUAGUUAAUAGAAUAAAUAGUUUGGAAACUAAUUGGAAUAACAAUAUAACUCAUUAUCUAUGUUAGUCAACCUUUAUUCAUAAAUCUGGUAGUUCACCGUCACGUGUGUAUUGUAUUUUUGCCCAAGUAACCAAUAGCAAUGUCUUAGGUAAGUUACCUAUCCGUGACUCGAACGAUAAGGUUAAUUUAGAAAUUGCUAUUGGUUGAUUUGGCAAAAAUACAAUAAUACGUGACGGUGGACGACCAGAUUUAUGAAUAAACGUUGACCAACGUAGAUAAAGAGUAAGGUUAUAUUGUUAUUCUAAUGAGUUUCCAAACUAUUUAUUCUAUUAACUAUGUUCGAACGAAUUAUUAACACUUUAUGGACAUUUCGUGGUCGUAUUCAUGUAAAUUUAUUUGUUUAGAAUCUGUUAUUAAAUUCACUAUGUCAAUCCCUCUUUUGGAAACAAUUUAGUCCUUCGUAGCCGGAUCUAAAGAAAAAAUAGACAAAAUUUCGCGACUGACAGUUCGAUAUUCAUGGAGUAAGACAAAUGUCGAAUCAAUUCUAUUAACUAUGGUCGAAAAAUAUAAAGAAAACGACAACUUUCAGCGAGUCUUUGCGCGCUUAGGUCACAGUGUCCCAAAUUCUUUUAAUAACAACAACAAUAACAAUAACAAUUUAAAUCAGAAAGUGUCCGAAAAACAACGCUGAGAAUGUCAUUGUGGUAUACACAGUUGGAUGAAAUCAGUUGUACCAGAAUUACAGUAACGAAAUCUAAAGCUUUAACCUGUAAUUUGUGUGUUUUAAUUUGUUGUUUUUAGUUGGCAGUACAGGAUGGUGAAAUGCAACAUGACUACAACAUUCAUGCGACAUCAAAGAAAGAUUCUACAUCUCUAAAUUAUCUCCUAAAUUUCACAUAUGCUCCACUACAACAAACACACCAUGUGUGGUCAGGCAGGAGGAAAGCUGGUGGAAAGUGGAACCAGUACAAUAAAGAACAGUUUCUGCAAGCAAAGUAAUUGAGUUACCUCUUAUUACUUGUGUGAAAUUUAAGAAUAAUUUAACUUAAAGUGGCUCGAUAAGGUUUUUAAAGCUUUAGGUGUAUAAUAUUUUAACAGCAGUAAAUGUCGCAUUUUAAGGUUUCAUGCAGCAGAUAUCAGGAUGUUGAUUUGUCUUGAUGUUUCUUUUUCAAUUUAUGUCAGUUUUUGUAACCCAUAGUUAUUUACUAUGGCAACACAUGCGUACGAAUUGACACUAAAAUAUCCUAUUGCUUCGUGGAAUUAGAAACGAAGUACCUGUGAUCCUUAAUUUAUAUAGCGCACUAUUUUCCAAAAAUUUGCAUUUUUAAUGACGUCAGCAAUCGACUUGCAUGCGUUAUAAAACACGUACAACGGCACAGAAUAGAAAAUAAACCAGAAGGUCCACUUAGCCAAAAUUAUGUCCAAGAUUUUUCAUACACAGGCCCGAGCCAGCAAUUGUAAUCACGACGACAUCAAGCGCGAGCAAUAUGCCAUCACUUGAUAAAGAUCGUCGUUUUAACCAUUUUUAAAUGCCACAGGUCCAAAUAAUGGGUCAUCGCUACAGGAAGACACGACAAGCAUAAAAUAUUUAGACAAUAAUUGCAGAAUGCAGCGUACACUUUUAGUAUGUUUUGUGAAUUUCAAGAAAAACCAUAGGAUGCCCAAUGUUAUGGUUGCCUGGGCGCGGGCGAGGCAUAGCAUACUUUGUAUUAUUUCCUAAGCUAGGCAAAUGCCAUCAAACUAUACCGAUACAUAUACCUUCAAACAUUCCAAAAUACUUCAGAUCUUUUUACAAUUACGGAAAUCUACGAUACUUGUACUACUAUACACUAAACGUCGAAAAACCGUCCAAAUGACAGCCAAUGAAAUUGGGAAUUCGUCAUUUGAAACACCAUCAAAAACUCCGGGUUCUGGAUCCUCCCAUUGAAAAAUUGAACAAAAUUGCAAAAACUUUUCGUAUUUUUCUCGCACUACAAAUUUGUUUUGUACGUUAAGAUAUUGUUAGUAUAUAGUAAAAGUAUCGUAGAAUUUAUUUUCGUUAUUAUUUUAGCGUAGUUUUUAGCGUUUGAAGUAUUCUGGAUUGUUUGAAGGUAUAUGCAUCGAUAGUUUGAUUGCAUUUGCCUACCUUAGGAAAUAAUACAAGUAUACAACUACACUCAUAGACGGAUUUUGUGUGUGGGGGGGGUACCCCCCCCCCCAAUAUUAGCUAUAACCCCCAAACAAAAUGUCCACCCCUCAAAAAAAAUUUUGACCCCCCCCCCCAAUAUUCGGCAUAAAUAAUUAAAUAGUCCACUCCAACGUGCAGAGUGUUGAUGAUACAAAAUAAAUGUAAGAGUACACUCAAAUAGAAAAAGACAGUGCAACACUCUGAAACUAAUCGCUCCUCGCUUGCAUUCACUGGUUUAUUGGAGCAAUUGUAAAGUUUUGAAACUCUAUUAUUUCCCCUGAAUAGAGUUUGCAGUGCCUUGUCAUGCAAAUAGCUCGCUCGCAAGGAACGUUUGGAAUUUUUACGAACAUUAUUUUUAGUUUCUAAUUCUUUUAGGAAAUAGACUUGCCUAGAUUUAAUCUUUACGCCCGAAAUAUUAUUUACAUCGGAGUUGCAUCAUAAAUUGUACUCGGAUUCAAACGACACAAUGUCAAUGACUUUAUAAAAGUAAAAGCAUAUUGUGUAUUGGCCUAUUGGGUUUACACUUUUACAGGUUCAUUUAACUUUAACUCUCUCAAGUCUCAACAGACAAUCGGACAUGCCAAAUCCAUUGAUAUGACAACUUCAAAAAACUUUUUUUCGAAGCUAGAAAUCAUGAUUUUUUUCAAAUUUUUCCAGUGAUACUUUGUUUUCUGCUCUCUAGACUCCCCCUCGCGGCUCUAGUGCUCCAUCCCUAGAAUAUAGACCUCACUGGGGUUUCGUGACACUUUGGCACCACCCCAGUAAAAAAUAUGAAAAUCCGACUAUGACUACACUAUGCUUCGUCCGCGCGCAGGCAACCAUAACAUUGGGCUGCCUAUGGAAAAACCGUUGAUUUGAGAAAUUGACGCUGACGUGAUGUUCGCAGAAAGUGUCACACACGUCAUCUAGCGUGCGCAAUUCGUGAUCCGCAAGGCGAAAAUCGCGGACACAAAAAUGUUGGGGAAAGCUGUACAGUGAGGCUUUGGGUAUAUUUUUUAUUCCAUGACAAAGGCGCGUGAUGACGUGAGCAAAUCACCACGUCAGCUCAUAUACGUACUGUAAAUCCUUUCGUUAACAUACACGCGGUGUAUAUUAAUAUAUCGAGCCACCUUAAGUGGGGGUCAAUCAGUGAAAUUAGAUCAAAAUUAGGUCAACUAAAACAACAUAGAAAAGAAUGGCUGUCAACUCAUCUUGUGUAAAAAGCCAAUAUUUAACAAUUAUUCGCCGAAGCCGAUGUGAUUAUCGGUGAAUAAAAACCAAGAGGAAGUCGAGGUUUUUAUUUACGAUAAUCACUGAGCUUGAGUGGAAUAAUUGUUUUAGUAUAAUAAUUUCAUAGGUGAUUAUUUGGAAAAAAUAAAAAUACACAUGUCUUCGUCAUUUAAUUGACAAAACUGCUUCGGCCGCCAUUUCGAAAAUUGCUUAGGUGAUUAUCGCGUUAUAAUCACCUCAACGGCAACCAAUCAGCGUGGAGAAUUUUCAAUAAUCACCUAUGUAAUUAUGCUAAAAAACCCAAUAUAAACAAUAUAAAAGCCGUCCUUUGCCCUUGACACAGACCCAUGCAUAACCCCCCCCCCCCCCAUGUGACGUCGUAUAAUACCUGAGAAUAUUCACUUUUCUCAUUAUAAUUUUGCCUCGUUUGCAUAAGAGAAGAGUGCUUUCAGAUUGGCCAGAGCCAAUUAGAAUAAUAUUUGGGACCAACCUUACUGGACCUCUCAGUAUAUGACCCAUCAAGAGGCAACGCUCUCCCCUUGAUGAGUAGAAUAGUGUGGUGUUGCGCCAUUGAGCGGCAAUGUUAAUCCAUUUAGCGGCAGCACUUUCCCCCUGUAUUGGACACAGUAAAAUACGUAAGAGUAGGUGACAUUUAUUAAUCUAGUUUAGGUUUCCUGCUAUAAUAACACUGGUCCAAUAAUUGCUGUCUCUUAUUGUACAUUGUCUCUGGGGAGAACCAUUUAGAACUAGAGCUAACCAGUAUAAAUAAUUGUUUUAGUUUAUAGUUUAGUUUGGUUUAAUUUAGUUUAGUUGUCUCAUAACAGUUUCUGUGUUGUUUUAGUUGUCAGUUUGUGGUUCACGCGGGUGGUAACUAUACUGUGAAUUUUGUUGAUCCUGAUGUCAUUGUUGACUGGGAAUUGAUUGAGCAAGUGGUAAGAACAGUGUAAAAAGCCGUACUAAUCCUGGUCUUUUAUUUACAUUAUUUAUUAUGCAAAUAACUCGACAUAACUAUAAACGUUUACAUUGUUCGUGUCCGAUUUCAAGAUAAUGUCUUUUCCAAAAGUAUUUUGCACGAGGUGAACCACGUGACCACAAACUCACCAAUAACAAACGAACCAUUAAAUUUAACAAACAUGAAGUACAAGAAUUACGUUAAUGUUUUCUACAAACAGUGUGUACGAAUUACCUGAAUGUACUGUAAUUCCAAGACCCCUAAAACAAGACUCUUGUCUUGUCCUAAUACCAUGACCAAUGGUUACCAUGCAAUUGACAUUGACAAUGCAAACCCAAAUUUUCAUUACUCCUGCUUGUGAGGGCGGUUGUUUGGAGGAAUCCCCUUGAGUAAGUUACAUAAAGUCCGUUCUGCCCAUCAGUUCUGCUCGUAACAAAGGGGGACUUGCAGAUAUAAACAUUGCCCAAUUUUUGCAUUUUUCGCACUUUUUUAAAUUGAAACGUCUAGUUUAUAUUGCUUUAUUGUUUUAACAGUUUUAUUAGGAACAAUGACAGCUAUUUCCAAAAAGGGAAAGUAACGAACAGGUCGUAAGAACCUAUGCAAGGCUACCCCCAUGCACGUUUUGAAAUUAAUACUCCGAAAUCGUUUUAGUGGUCAACGUUGACUGGUUGUGGUGGUAUGCAAAGGUGUAGGGGUGCACCGGAACUCGGUUCCGGCCGGUUAGUUCCGGCCGGAACCCCGAUUUUUUAGAGUUCCGGUUCCGGCCGGAGCUAGUAAAAAAAGUAUGGCCGGAACCGGAACUCUGUCGUUUUCAGGGAGAUAGAAUAUCAAACGUUUUUGUGUCUAACAAAAGGUCACAGUAGGAAGAAACUUGGACUACGCAAGGGAAAUGUACACUAUUAACACUUCAUUAUGAUGUUUAACGUUUGUCAGUCUUUUUAUUCUGACAUUUGCGAACUCUCUACUUGAUGAUUUGAAGUGUCUGCUUGUCUGGCAGCGGACAAAGUAACAUAUGACUAUAUAUGGCUUAAUAAAUUAGUUCCGGUUCCGGCCGGAACUUUUUUCCAGUUCCGGUCGGAUCCGGUUCCGGCCGGAACUUAAAAAACCGGUUCCGGUGCAUCCCUACAAAGGUGACAGGACGUUUCUUUCGAGUAAAUGAUAUCACCUUGCAUUUGAAUUCGUUGAAAGAAAUAUAAUUACUGGUACUCCAAUUCGUCAAGUUACACAAAGCUUGCUGUAGUUCUUGAGCAUCACAUUCGGAAGUUAUCCCUCUGAAGGCUUUGGUGUCACCUUCGUUUUUUGUGGCACGAUAUUUGGCAUGAAUGAAUAGUACAAACAACAUUGGUCCAAGUAUGCUGCCCUGAGGCACACCUGAAGCAACAAGUGUCCAGUCAGGAAGCAACCCCGUCCAUAACAACUCCUUGAGUCCGAUUAGUAAGAUAGUCUUACUGUAAGCAUUCUCCCUUUCGCGCCGUAAAACUUUGUUCUCAAUCUUAUCAUUUCUAUAUCUUUUUCAGACUGAAUAAUUUUUUUCGAAUUAGAUGACGGACUUCUUCGUCUAUUCACGGCGGGGAGUUAAUGUCAUUGAUAUAUUUGGUAGGGAUGUGUUCAUUCACUGCCGUCAUAAAUAGCUCUUUCCAGCGAGACCAGCGGUCAUCAAUGUUGUCGUAAGAGGCAAUUUGAUUAAAUCUACACUACUUCACAUAGCGCGUUGCCAAUCGUACUUUCACCGAUGUUAUCAGGCGCAGCGUCAUCCAUAGACCAGUCCAUCAUUGGCAGAUCAAAGUCGCCGACUACAACACAACAGGUGGAUUCUUCUAUACUUUCUAAAGACAAGUUAAGUUGCUGAAGAACAUCAGGCGUAGAAUCAGGAGGGCGGUAAAAUGUGUAUAGUAAAAAUGAUCGACUGUUGGGUCUGCUAAGUUCAACGACAACAAGUUUGACACUUUUUCUUUCGAGAUUUAAACUUCGAGUUGAUUGAAUAUCAACAUUAACAGCGACUAAAACGCCACCUCCAACACGGUCAGUUCUAUCACGGCGGAAGAUGUUAUAACCUAGUUUAUUGCCUAGUUUAUAAAUCCUUAAAUAACUUGACUCCAGACUAUUUAAGUAAUAUGUUUAAACCAUUGUCAGCAAUUUCCCAGCGACAUACAAGAAGCACUGCCAAUAUGGACUUAUGGAUACCAAACUAUAAACUAUCAAUCACCAGGAGUGGACUUCGGUACACUGGAGCAUCUCUUUAUAAUAUGUUGCCACCAGAUAUUAGAUCUUCCAGCUCAUUUCAAGCAUUCAAGCGUAAAGCCCAUGAAUUGUUUUUGGAUAUGUACAAAAAUAACUCAUAAGAUGUACAGUGUAUGCUAAUUCCAAUUUUUUUAUACCUAUAUCGAUAUGGACUUUAUGUAAUUAUGUAUACUGUAGUCUGUAGAAAUGUAAAUUGUACUGCAUGUAAAUAUAUUCGAUUAUAUAGUUAACUUUAGAAGGUCCAGUGGAAGAUUAGCGAAAGCUAAACUGGCAUAUUUCCUUGUAAAUUAACCUUCUUUAAAUAAAGUUUUAAUAAUAAUAAUAAUAAUAAUAACCAGGUAAUACUUCGCUGUUCAGCACACCGUCAUUAAGCGAAGUCUCACAUAUGCAUAUAAUAUCAUAUGAGCCGCCACAAAGCUAGAUGUUGCAGUAAUGUGAUCUUGCAGACUUUCUUGGAUCCUCCGUCAAGCGAUACAAAGGCCUUUAGACUCUUGCAUUAAGAUACAAAGCCUUUAAACCAUUUGACUGUUCGUUUCCUGGUCCUGGGUUAGGGUGAAAGUCGCCACACAUUAAGAGAUUUUCAGAGAAUACGGUAGGAUUAAAGGUUGACUGGAAAUUUGUAUGAUAGUGAAAUCUUCGACGCAUAAACGUACAUUUAGUGACUACAACAAAGCGUGUUCGAUUGAAGAAUUAGUAAAAUCUCGACGAUUGUUGUGUGUUGAUUGUGAUGAUGGAUGAUCCAAAAUAUUUACAACGGCGCAGUGGUUUUCAGGUACCAUUACUGCAGAACCAGACAGAUCAUACAGCCGGUAGAUCAACAUGAUGAAAAAGAUUGGCAAUGUUAUGUAUUUGUUCAUCUUGAAUUUAUCGCAAUUAUAUAAGUUCAAAUCCAAAUUUAUUAAAGUUCUAAUUUUGAUUUGAUCGCUCUUGUGCUUGCGUACGUCAUGUCGCGUGCGUCGUAUGCUUGCGUGAUCAACGGUUCCAACCUACAUUUCAAAUGUGAGCGGUUCAUUUGGCAAUUGCAGCCAGUAACUGACUAGUUAAUUCACCAAAUAUCCAGAAAAUUAUCUUUGAAAUCAAAAAGUUUUACUUUGUUUCAAGUGGACCUUUUCGUUAUUUAUAAUCCUGUAGAUUUUAACGUUGUAUUUUUGAAAAAUAGUGGCAGAAAUUCUGCAUAAAGCGCGGAGUAAUUAGCCAUUCCGAAAAAAUUAGGAUAUGAACCAAGUCACUAUAAAAAUUAAGAUAUGAACCAAGUCACUAUAAAGACUAGACUGCGAGCGGUCCCUCCAUUCCGCGGGUUUAGAUUUCCGGGCACGAGAAAGGAAAGGAGGGACUGCAGACAACACAGUCAAGAAAUGAAACCGCGUUGCCCACACAACGCAAAAUUUCCAUUGGUCGAAAUCGAUACGCCUGUCAAUCAAAUCUGAUAUGUAGUAAUUAUGCUAUAAAUAAUUUCCAGAGUGAAUGUUGAUUUUAUACAGGGUGUGUCAAAAUAAAAGUAAUCGAACGUCAGCGCGCUAUUGUCUCUGAAUUACUGCGUAUGAACGAGAUUUUUUCAUCUUCAGAAAGAUCAGGCUUUUAGGUGUUGAAUGAUAUGUUCUUCAUGCCAAAUGGAUAAAAAAUAAGCAAGUACGAGUCUGAUAAAAAAUGCUAGUCACAUCGCAUAUUUUCAUUGUUGUAAUAUGCGAUUCUGAGUAACAUUUUUUAUCGGACUCGUACUUGCUUAUUUUUCCUCCAUUUGGCAUGAAAACAUGUCAUUCAACAGCUAAAAGCCUCAUCUUUUCGAAUAUGAAAAGAAAUGUUCAUACGCCGAGCAAUUCAGGUACAAUAGCGCGCUGAAGUUCGAUUACCUUUUUUUAUACACCCUGUAAAUAAACAUGACAUUAACGGUUUCCUAUUGGAUAGAUUUAAUUGGAUAUAGUAGUGUUUAUGUAAAGGCGGAGCCAAUUUGACAAGAGCAAAAAGUGGGCGUAUUUCGUUUCUUGCUGUGUUGUCUGCGGUUCCUCAUUUCUUCGAGGGACCACUCGCGGUCUAUAUAAAGACCAACCUCAAAAUGAGUAAGUAUACAAAGUUUGAAGACGUUAACGUUUAAACAAAGCGCUUGUGUCCAUUACGGACUUCACAGCAUCUUUAACAUAACAUUUGUAUCACAGUUGUAUUUUAUUUAUGUUUUUUAGCGUGUGAGGUGUAGAGAGAUGCCAUCUUGUCCUAUCUGUCUCUAUCCACCGACAGCUGGUUAGUUUGUUUAAAUAAUUCUGUGUAGCUUACAAAAUGUUUUGUUUUCAACACUCAAUAAGCACUGAGCCAUAAGGCAUGCAGUUGCUCGCCAAAUGCGAUCUCCAGAAUCUUCCCGCACCCACAGCACACCCACUCCACACCCUUUAAAACGACAGCAUCAACAAGUGAUUAUCAAAAUUGGAAGUUAGGGUGGUAAAGCGACGAUGUGUCUUUUCUGAACACUGAAAAGUCUUUACAGUCCUGGAAAUGCCUCCCCCCCCGCGCGCGCGCGCGCACACACACACUAUCAAGUGUUUAAAAUACACACAAACACACCUGGACCAUUUGCACCUUUGCUAAAGCAAUUCAGACUUGCAAUGAAUACAAAAACCUUAUUUCAGUGGUACCAAUAUUUAAUGUAAUUUGCAUAAUAUUUCAUAGCCCAAAUAACAAGAUGUGGUCAUAUCUAUUGUUGGUCAUGUAUCCUACAUUAUUUAUCAUUGGUAAGUGCAUAAUAUCGUAUGUUACCAUGGGGUAGGUAUUUUUCGAGUUAAGCCCUUUUCGAGGUAAGCCCCUGCCACGACCUUUUUCGCCGGGACUUAACUCGAAGUCAAUUAACGAUUUAAGCAUUCGAGUUAAGCCCCGACAUCUGGUGGAUAUAAACAAAUGACGCGUGUAUACUCGCAAAAAUAUUAGCAAAUAAGGAUCGAGGGAGAAUGUAAAAUUUUAGCAUUUUAAGAAAUAUAUUUUACUAAGAUCUCUUUAUUUGCUUUGCCUACAGUUUUAUACAGACAAUGACAUCGUGAAAUGAGGGAACUCAAUCGCUCAAGGUUCGGCGUGCGACUGCUACGUUCUAGUUCCUGGGUUCGAUCCAACUUCGGGACGUAAUGUUCUCGACUUUGCGUUAGCAUAUUCACGUAAAACUUGUUUCUAACUUUUUUUUAAUUUUCAAUGGUUUUAGACCCAUCUCUCAACUGUGAAAAUAUGCAAUCAAACUAUAAACGAUACAUAGUAUACCUUCAAACAAUCCAAAAUACUUCAAAUAUCUUUACAUCUGCUAAAAUAAUCACGGAAAUAAAAUCUACGGUACUUUUACUAUAUACUAACAGUAUUCUAACCUACAAAACAAAUUUGUAAUGCGAGAAAAAUACGAAAGGUUUUUUCCAGUUUUUUUCAAUUUCUGAAUUGGACGAUGCUGGACUCGCGCUCUACGUUUUUGAUGGCGUUUCAAAUUACGAAUUUCCAAUCUCAUUGGCUGUCAUUUUGACGGUUUUAAAACGUCGAAAAAGACAGCCAAUGAGACUGGAAAUUCUUCAUUUGAAACGCUGCCCAUCAAAAACGUCAAGCGCGAGUCCAGCAUAUCGUCUCAUUCAAGAAUUGAAAAAAAUGCAAAAACUUUUCGUAUUUUUUUCGCAAUACGAAUUUGUUUUGUACGUUAAAAGUCCGUAAUGUAAACAAACGCUUUGUUUACAUUUUGAACUCAGUGCUACAGUUGUAAAAUAUGAUUAGAUAUAUUAUACUGAAUUUUUAACACUCUUCCGGUUCGCUAUGCUUGUAAAUGAAUGCAGACUAGAGAUUCAAUUCAAGAAAGUUCGGAAGGUGCGAAAUAUUGACAACAUUCCAAAGGUUGCUCCCCCAAACACCGCGGAAAAACGUCUGCGCAUGCGUCAACCUUAUCUGUAAUACUAUUGCGAACUUGAUGAGAAGCUGUUCCGAACGUUUCCGAAGGCUCAAAAUGGCGGUAAAAAGUAGUGACUUCAUUGUGCGUCUUUACAGUCAGAUUUCGAGCGCAAAAAAAAACAUGUCAUUCUAAAAACUAGGAAUAAAUACAGCCAGAAUAUUCAAGAAAUUGUAUUGUACAAGAACAUGAACUAAAGGUGAUUGUUAACAAAUUUAUCGUCUGAAACAUUUUGUUUAUCAACUAUGCAACGAGUUUCGUUUGAGAUACAUUUCUUUAAAAAAACCUGUGUCGCCAAAUAUAAAAAAUUUUCGUGUUCACAAUAAUUAAACUUUAGGAUUUAUUCUACAAUUUGAGUGGGUUAAGAAGCUUAACUUUUCGAGAGUUUUCUUAACUUUUUAGUUUGAAUUUUUGUUUUGAAUAAUUUUGCAAAAAUUUUCGAAGUCGUGUCCGUUAAAAUCAACAAUUUUUUACAUGAAUUAUAUUUCAUUCCAUACUUUAAAUGCCAGGACGCUUUCAAUUAAUGUCUACCGGGUGUCCCAAAAAAAAGUACUCCGGUUUGAUUUAUAAUAACUUCUAAACAAGUAAAGCUAUCAAACAGAAAUAACUUGCAUUAAAUAGAGGAAGGACUAACUUAGAUUUUGAUAUAUUACAGUUGUAUUUUACUUAAAAAGUCACGGAGAUAUUAAUGUUCAAAAUCGGGAGCUUAUUUUGGGAUGUGUCUAAAAUUAGCGAAAAUCGGCAUAUCAAAUAUUAACUUCAGCGUUUGUUUGCUUGAUGACAUAUCAGGCUAACUUGUAUUUCAGCGAAAUGUCGUUAGGGUUUGCAAGGGAUGUGGCGUAGAUUUAGACAUCUUACAUGUAAGUCUUAGCUCAUUGUUUCCUGAAAUAUGAACGUACGAAAUUAUGCAAGUAUUUAAUAGGUCUUUACAAACUUUACAAAUUUAUACGGUACAUGAAAGAUCAUGCAAGGCAGGCGCUUAAAUUUUUCUUAGCCUAAUUUUUUUAUGUUUUUCAUGGGUUCAAAACAGAGUUGAUUAUUUCUCGGUUAGAGCAGGAUGAAUAUUAUUCUGCAAUGAAGGAAAUAAUAUUGCUUUUUGCAAAUACACAUCACAGUAUCAACGCUACUAUUUUGUUACGUUUUGUUCCAAAAAUGUUGGAUGUCUCCAGGGAGUUGCAUGCUUAAUUGUUAUGUCUGAUGGAGUUGUAUGGCCUUGAUUGUGUUUCAUUCUCAGUUUAUCCUGAACUUAAAAAGAUUAAGAAAAGGCAAAUGAGUUUGAGUGUUCUUAACAAGAUUUCAGAACGUUGCAGAAGUUAGAAGAGCUUCACAAUUCCAUUGUGACAGCAUGCCCUAAUUCAGAACUACGAACGUCCAUGACGAUCCUUCGCGAUGCAGUGGUCUCAUGAAAUAAGGAAACGUAUUCGUGCUAGGAACACACACAGAUUUCGGACUUGUAUUUUGUAGAUAAUAAUACUUUGUUAGUCAUAAUAAACAAUUUGUCAAGUGUUAUUUAUUUACUGGUAAUCGUGCAUGUUUCAGUCGGGCAAAUCAUAAUUAAUAUUUGAUACGCUGUUUUUUGCAUAUUUCAGACACAUCCAGAAAUAUGCUCCCGAUUUUAAACAUUAAUAUCUCCGUGAAUUUUUAAGUCAAAUACAACUGUAAUAUAUCAAAAUCUAAGUUAGUCCUUCCUCUAUUUGAUGCAAGUUAUUUCUCUUUAAAAGGUUUACUUGUUUAGAAGUUAUUACGAAUCAAACCGGAGUACUUUUUUUUGGGACACCCGGUAGUCUACCCAUUUGCUAUAUUUUCUCGUUUGUUUUACUAAUUUUUGACCAAUUAAUAAGCAUGUUUUUGUUUUAGAAAUUGAUAUUCAAAUUCCCCGCCAUAUUUUCAUAAUUUGGUGCAUGCGCAGACGUUUUUCCGCGGUGUUGCUCCCCCACUGAUGGAAUGUGUUGAUAUGCGCAGAACGGACUUUACAGCAUCUUUAAAAUUGAAGAAAAAAUCAUUAUACGAGAACUGAUCUUUUAUGCAAAUUUUUAAAUUUUUAAAACGGCCGGAAAAAGACAAAAUUUGAGCUUAAUUAUCCAAAGCACGCUGUCACCAUGGUAACGGACUUUCAGCGCAAAAGUAGUAAAUUGCAAUGUUCAGGAGAGCAUUGUCAAUAUGUCCAAUAAAUUUCGUCUUCGUGUCAUGUAAAGUGAAGAAACAGGAGUUUUCUGGAUACAAAAGUGUAGUAUAAUGCAAAAACCCUAUGGAACCACCUUAAAAUAGUUUUUUAUUAUUAUUUUAUGACUACAGAAAUCACUCGUGGUCAUUCGUGGUCACUCGUGUGUACUUUUAGACAAAACCAAAAAUUUCCGUGCGUGAUACUGUAUGAAAUACAAUGUAGUUUUAUAAAUAGCGCUGCAAAGCUUGGACAUUUGGGAGUAGAAAAUAGGCGGACGUGGACGGUGGAUCGCGGAAGACAGAGCAUUUUGUAAACACAUGCAUGAUUCACCCGUUCGAAUCCUUAGCAAUAAUUUUUUAAUCAGCAUUCAAUACGCAUGUAUGAUACGUCUUUCUCGGCAAACUUUUGGAAAUAUUGUAUAGAUGUUUACGGGGAUUAUUUUCAUUAUAAAGUCCACACUAUUUAAAGUAUGAAAAUGUCUUCAAGUGAAUGUCAUUUACAGUAAUAGCCCUGGCUAACAAAAGCUCCAAAACUAAGGCGCUUUUUUAUAGAAGUUUCUCGAGAAAGACGGCGUAUAGCCAUCAUACAUACAUGUUGAAUGUUGAUUAAAAAAAUUCAUUGCUAAGAAUUAUUCGAACGGGUGAAAACAUAUUCUUUUUACACGUGUACGGCUAUACUUUAAUUUAGGGUAUUAUAAUUAGUUGCGGUAGUCGUCCUGACCGCGUAGCUCAGUUGGCAGAGCAUUGGGCUAGUAUUCCAAAGGUCGUAGGUUCGAUUCCAACCGUGUCCCGGCAUAUUUUUCAUUAUUCUUGUCGCUGAAUCCUCAUUGCAGUAAAGAACGUAAACAUAUUCAUACUGGUUAAAAUAAACAGCAGCUUUGGCUUUUUUUAUUAAAAUUGUUGAAUUUUUCUCGAAACUUAUAAUAUACGGUUAUUUAUUGAUAAUUUGGGUGAGAAUUGGCAGGAGCCUUAUGGAUAAUUUGGGUAGAAAUUGGCAGCUCAUUAAUAUUCUAUUUUGUGGUUAUCGACGACGAUUCGAGAGAUCCUCCACAAAUGCGUGUCGAAACCUAUACUCGCCAAGGCACAGCAAAUUCUUCAAAAUUUGUCAUAUAAUAAAAAUCCUGUUGAAUGGUUUGCCAUAUAAUAUACAUAAAACUCUUUGUUAAUUUGUUAAUCUUGUUUUAGGUAAAGCUUUUUCCAUUUUAAAGUCACAUUUUCUACCCGAAGUCAAAUUUUACUUUAAGUAGCGCGGCCGCUAAGUUGUUCAGGCAAUUUUGUUUGAAGCAAUAUGUGACCGUUACUUGAGGAUUGUUUAAUUUAAGCUGAUUGGUUGAUUUUAGAUCCCAUUAUUUUUCCACCAAUCAGAUCAGUUUGUUACAGAUUUUUGCACUGUUUGCGAUUAACUGCACUGAAAUCAACCAAUCACAGUCGAGUAAUAUUUUCAUGUACUAUGCACAGCAUGAGCGGCCGUGUUGUAUCGAAUAUGCCGCCACUCUAGCCGAAGCCGAGAGUUUUUAUAUCGAUACAACAUGGACGCGAUUGUUGUAAACCGCUUGUGAAACGUCUUGAUGAGAACAUUUGUAAAUGAAUGAUAUUUGGUGAGAAAAUGGAACUUAGUUUAUUGUAAUUCAAGUAUAUUAUUUUACAAGUAUAUUAUUAUUUUGAAUAUAAUAACUAACAUUUUAUAUGCUUCUCAUUAGAGCGGGAAAACAUGGAGAAAAUGUCCUAUUUGUUACGAGUCAAUCCACCAGAAAGAUCUUAAGAGGUAGAUUUUUUAAAUUUUACUUGAAAAAUACAAGCAGAAAGGAUUGUAAAAGCUGUGGAUGAAGCUUAGUAAUGAUAUUUGAUCUUUUCUGAAGAAGGGGCUUGCCCUGAAACGUAAUUAUAUUUUUUUAUACACGGUGUGUCAAAGUAAAGUAGAAAUUUUGAAACGGCUCUCAAUUAGCCUUUCUCACGCCGCCAUUUUUGGAUUAUCAUAUAACUCAAAUCUGUCCUGUCCUGUCCGGAUUUUUCACGUGACACUUACGACUCCAUUCCGAACGAUUCCGACCAUAUGACGGUUGUUUGUUUUGAAAAUGGCUUUGACAGGGAGUGAGAACUUCGCGUGUUUUAAAUUUUUGCUCUUUUUGGUCUGGAUUUGUGGGACAAUGUGACACCACAAAUCGUGAAGAAUGUUCACUUUUGUUUGCUGUAUGAAUCAAUCAAUUAAUCAAUCAAGCGAAUGUAAUGUAAAUCUGUAUCUACAUUUUGUUUCUAUUUAAUACCAAAUCUAUACAAGUAACUAGUAGUACAGUCUGUAGACUUAAUUCACACUCAGAAAUAUUAUGCAGAUUUCAAAUUUGUUCCAUCGUCUACUCUGUAACAUAUUAGCUUUAUUAGAUUAUUUGGUUCAUUUUUAUCUUUUGUUUGCUGUAUCAAUCAAUCAAGCGAAUGUUAUGUUAAUCUGUCAGUGGUUUUUUCAGGAUUUUCUCUUGGGUCCGUUUUUGCAGAGAAGAUUUAUUUUUAAUGUCAAUGUGUUCGAUAGCAAUUUUGCAACAUGUAUUUGUUAACCCCACUUAUUUUAUUUGAAUUAUGAUUGGCGGAACUUGACAUAAUAUAAUUCUCGAAUUAUAUGACUUUAAUCUCAGGAAAAAUAGCUUGUUCAAUAUUUUAAAAUAGCAGGAUCAAAAUGCAAUUCAGGUGUUUAUAACCACAGUGUUGUGAUUGAACUGUUUGAACAUGCAAUCAUGCAUGCAUGAGAGUAGCAGAAAUUGUAAGAAUAUGUAUUUGGUAGACUAAAAAGAUCAUGCAGUAUAGUGAUAAGACAUUAAUGAAUUUUCAUGAGUAACCAAUCUUUCAUGACAUAUCCAACUUGCCGAUUUAUCGCAAAUGUAGAUAAAGUAGAUCCUAAAUUUCUCUCACACAUGAACUUGAUUUCCUAUGGUGUGCCCAGUAAGGUAUUGAUAAUGUAUACGGGCCAAAUUAGUGUUUGUUUUAUUAAAGAGUGCCCUGAAAUAGCUAGAAAGGAAGUUUUAUAUAAUCUACUUUUGAAUGAUUGAAUACAGUUUAAUGUGACGCUUUAUUGAAACCCAAUCCCCGAAUCAGAGGCCCAAUCUGGCCGGUUGAUUAAUAACCUCAAGAUGGUAAUAAAAUUGACAUUGAAAUCGAAAUUGAAAUACAGAUCGAUUUAGCGUGAAUAGUCGAUACAUUUGGCGUUCGACAAUUACUAUACCCGAAUUCUGUGAUAAAAUAGAUGAAGUUAAAGCAUUUGGUUGGUUUGAAAAGCGAAAUAUGAAGCAAACGUGUAAAUUCACCGCAUACUUACGCACCAAAUGCAUGUGCAUACAUAUACAUUCAUUUGAUAUACGAAUGAUAUCAAAUGACGCUUGUUGAAUUCGUGUAUGGCCUCUCGAUCUUGUUAUAAUUCCCCCAGCGGCGGCUUCAUUUAACUUCAUCGGUUGAGCCAACGUAUUCCUUUGUCCACCAGAAAGGUAAAAGCGCUUGACCACGGUAGAGUUAUACUUGAAUAGACUGCGUCUCACUGAAUCACACAUCGAUACUUGAGCCAAGGUAUUCCUUUGUCCACCAGAAGAGUAAAAGCGCUUGCCCGCGGCAGAGUUAUAUUUGAAUAAACAUCGUCUCACUGAAUCAUACAUCAAUACAUGAGCCAACGUAUUCCUUUGUCCGUCAGAAGAGUAAAAGCGGUUGCCCGCAGCAGAGUUAUAUUUGACUGAUAAACUGCGUCUCACUGAAUUAUACAUCAAUACUUGAGCCAACGUAUUCCUUUGUCCACCAGAAGAGUAAAAGCGCUUGCCCGCGGCAGAGCUCAGAGCUAUAUUUCAAUAAACUGCGUCUCACUGAAUAAUACUGUGUUACUGACCGUUGUUUUAUAUCCACGAAAUAUCUUUUCCAAAAGUAUAAUUUUGAAGUACUUUGCCACAGAGAUCAUACAAUUUUGCUUGCAAGUGACACAAUGAGGCUUACUGAUCCAAGCAGGAAACUAUGCAGACGAAGAGGUGAAACCUGAUUGGUCUAUUUUCCCGCACGCAUGGGAAGAGAUUUGACAAUGGUUUGUUGUUAAUUCAGCCUUGCGCUUUGCACGUGUAUGAUCACACGAUUCACAGAUUGACCUUUGUACCAGACCUUUGUACUCCAGGAGACUUUGCACAACUUUACUCUUGUCCUAACGCUUGUUUCAUUAACUUAAGUUUAUAAUGCUAUGGGCAUGUAUAAACUUGCUUCUAUAUUUAUCAAAAAUUUCAUGAAACGUACAGAGUUGUGAAAUUGAGAGCCGUUUCAAAAUUGUCUACUUUUUUAUACACCCUGUAUGUAAUACCGUUAUACGUACUGUAAAAAUUUUGAGUGAAAGUGAAUAUAAUUUUAGCACGAAGUUUGCAUCUACUAGAUCUUUAAACAAUUUGAAAUUGCAUGGUAUAUACAUGCGUACAGUUAAAAUGUUCUUGUUAUGGUACUGUACCCAGUACUAAUAUAGUGUUCCUGUUCUUCAUGUAGUGUUAUGGCAGUUGCAGAAUGCACUUAUUCUAUUGGUCAAGAAAUAACAAUGACUUUGAUGAAAAGAGCAAAGGAUUCUUUACUCACUAUGCCAAACAUGAAAUGGUCAGAAAGAACGUCUAUACCACAGCUUUCAUCUGGUAAAUACUUUGUUAUGUAUUUGCCAUGGUAGUAAAUUUUAUACCUCUUUGAUACUAUUAAGUCGAAUUGCGCCAUAUAUCAUUAUAUUACUCUGUCUAAUGCCAGACAAUUUUAUCAAUGGGUUAACGAAGCUGCAUUGACAGUACACAAGAGAGGGGUCAAAAUUUACUCUGUUCCGUAUAUACUGUAUUAUAAUAUAAGUGGGAUACAUGCGAUUUGAUUGGCUAAUACGCGUGCAUUGUUAAAUGAACGCGCGACUCGCUUUCUAUUUGUUCAGUAAAAUGCCGGACAGAAUAGUAAACUUCAUCACGUUGACAUUCCGUUUGUCGAUCUUAUAUUUAGGCGUACCUUGCAAAUGUCAGGGACUUUAGUCAUGGAUCUUCAGAAUAGCAAAUGUAAUAGCAUGGUUAAAAAUCAUUCCUGUUGUAUACUAGGAACAAAUGUAAAUUAUAGUCCAUCUCUUAAUUAAAUAGAUGAGGUUGAAAUGCAGUUUUCAAAGCUAUUGAUAGCAUCUCCAUUGGAUAUUCUCAAUCAGGUAAAAGUAUAUAUUAUAAACGUCAAAUGCAUGCAUGUGAAAAACAUUUGUAAUUGAUCAUGUUUCGCUCGCUACUCUGGUUUGGGUUAAAUGAUUACAAAGCCCAGUCGUAUUGUAAUCAGGACCCAACGUUUCGACACUCCAGUUUAGUUAGUGUCUUCAUCAGGCGUGAUCUAAAUUUGCAAUUAUGGCUUCUUAAAUACCCAAGGGAUGACGUCACCUGCCAAUGAUAUGCAUGUGUUCCUCUGGCAAAUAGGCACCGUCAUCCCAAUUCAAAGCAUGAUUACUCAUAUUUAUAUGCCGUGCUUCUAGGCAUGGUCGUUGACCAUUGCGAUUGUUUGUGCUAAUUACAUGAAGGUUAAAAGCCAAGGGAGAGGUUUUUAUUAAACUGUGAAGACCGAGGGCCGAAGGCCUGAGGUCUUUACAGUUUAAUAAAAACCGAUACCCGCGGCUUUUAACUUGUUUAUAUACUCAUCGACCAUAUUCUUUUGUAUUUCUGAGGUUUUCUUCAUUAAAUAUUCAAGCUAUCAAUUCAAUGAGAGGUUUAAUACGGUUGUGGGACGAAAUAAGGUGUCAGGCUUUAAAAUGUGGUUAAGCAUGCACAGUAUAUCAUUUCACGUCCCACAAGCGAAAGAGCAGAUAUUACUGUAUAAAUUCCCUGCACAAGCAAGUUUGAUGGUUGAUCCAGCUAGUCCUCGUGCGUCGAAUGAUAAAUACUCUUACCUAAUGGUAGAGUUUUGACACGGGCUCUGAGGUACACGGCUGUUGUCUAAAGUUGAAACAGCCUUUUGAAAAGCUAAAAAGGCUAAAUGUCCAUCCAUCUCACGUUCUACCGUGAAUUGAAUUUAAAUGUUGAUUUUAAGUGAUAGAAUUUAAAUGUUGCAGCAGAAUAUCGAUUUCAUUUCUAGAAACCGCAGAGAUGAUGACAUCGACGAAACGUUUCCAAUACGAUAGAGAUACAGGAACAGAGGCUCGACAUUUUCCAUUACUAAAUUAGCAAUUACUGCCGAUACUGGUGACCUCAUCGCUGUUCCAAAAACCUGUCGAUAAUAACAGCCCUCAAACAGAAAGUAUGUGGUGUUGAGACAAAAAGACAGAAGAUCAAUGAUAUCUUCUACAGGCAAGGAUGUUCUUUGCAACAAAGUGGCAUCCUGUUUUUGUCGCAACCUUGAUGGCAAGAUCAACUAGGAUUUUUGUAAACAAGGAAACGACAUCAAAUGAUACCAACACUUGAUCUGCUUUAAGAUUUUUACCUCUUACAAAUUUUGCAAAAUGGAAUAUCCGGUUUAUGGAUUUUCGGUAAACCAUUGAAACGCGGAAUAGUCCAUCACUGCUGUAUAACUUUUCAUACGUAGCCUUGCUGAUAAUAAUUGGAUUUCCUCAAGAGAAGUAACUUGGCGUUUAAAACUUUUCCAGUAGGAUCAGACUUGAGAAUCGAAUACGUAGUCCUGUCAUUCAACAGUGAAAGAGCCUUCUCGCGAUAUUCAUUUUUGUCCACGACAUGCUUUUUUAAACACGAUAUUCAUGUUUGUCCAUAAUCAUGUUUUGAAUAGGGAUGACGGUAUUCCCUUGGGUAUUUAAGAAGCCACAAUUGCAACUUUAGAUCACCCCUGAUGAAGACACUAGACUGGAGUGUCGAAACGUUGGGUCCUGAUUACAAUUCGACUGCGCUUUGUGAUCAUUUAAUUCAAACCGGAGUAGCGAGCGAAACAUGAUUGAUAUACCUGGUUGCAGUGAACGAACAAACUUUAAAUUGUAAUUGAUGUUCUUAAUUGGACAAAAUCUCAAUGGUAAUUCUGAUUUUGCCUUCUAGAUAAUGGAUAAUUAUAGAAUUGAAUUAAAAAAUCAAUUGAUAGAAGUUGAAAAUGAUAAGGUAUAUACUUAUUAUUAAAUUAACUCGAAUGAUCUGUGCCUGCGUAUAGGGAAUGACAAUGACACCAGAAAGCAUCGGAUUGAGGGGGAUUCGACUACCUGAAAAAUACACGACGUUUCGAAUAAAGGCCUUUUGUGAGGAAGUUAUAGCAGCAUGGAUCGGGAAAGUGCAUGUGCUUUUAUACUAGUGUCUUUAUAAUUAUUCACUUCUACAAUUACUUGUAUAAAAGCACAUGUGUUUCCCUUCCCAUGCUAUUAUGACUUCCCGACGAAGGGCCUUCGCUCGAAACUUCGAAGUUUUACUUGUACUGUAUUUUUCCCCGAGUCGACGGCGCCGUGCGAGGGUACUAAUCCCCCCCCCCCCGGCUAUUUACACCCGGGGAAACGAAAGCAUUAGCGAAGUCUAAAGUUCAUCAAAUAUCUUGGGCGUGGGUCACCAACGAUGUUUCGGUGGGUGGUCAUCCUCACUGAUCUCAAAAUAUGGCGGACUGUCUUGAAUAACGAACACUGAUUGGUCCAAUUUAAAGUUUGCAUUAUAACGACUGCAUGACGACAGCGAAAUAGCAAACAUUUCUUGAUUUGAUGAUUGAUAAAUUUCUUGCAAAUAUAUUUCAUUUUUGCUCGCAUUUUUGCAAGAUUUUGUAAAUUUCAAAAGCUUUCUCAGAAAGGAAGAACGAAAGAAUCGGAUAAAAGAAGGGAGCCGACGUUAACGAAGGUAAGUUUGUUUAAAUAUUAAUUUUAUAAUUGCUUUAAAACCCGACGGCCUUUGCAUAUAUGAAACAACUAUUAAAACAAGACAGCAUAUAAUUUCAGUGUAUCUUUAAUAUUGAUUCCCUUUUUUAUUAUAUUGAAUUUUUUAAAUUAAAAAGAAAGCAAAGUUAUUUGCAUGCGAGAAUUUGAAAUCAUUUUAUUGAAAACUCAAAGUUUAUCGAUAAAGCCAUUUCUGAAUUAAUAAAGGCAGUUUAGUUUUAUAAAGAACACUUUAAAACGUUUUGCGAAGCGUUUGUUGUUGAAUUUUACCUUAAAUUGAAGCUUAUAUUACGUAUAAUAACAUACCUAACAUAUAUAUGUUAGGAAAUUGAAAAUUUUGUAAUUGAAAGUGAUAUUUUUAGGCGAUUUUUCAUUUGUAAAAAUAUUCUUAAAAAAUUAUCGUGUUACCAUGACAACAACUUUAGAUACUUCAUGUUCGGAAAAUGCAAUGGUUUUGCCAGCAAGGCUAUAGGGUUUCUGCAUGCAUGUAUUUUCUAGUUAGGUAUUUGAAUCUCUCUCAAUCCGAAGUUUUUGGGUCAUUUUUCAUGAAUGUGCAUUACUGUAGUUUAUUUUAUUAAGUAUAGCCUCCUUCCCCCUCAAUAUAGUACUUUGUACAUAUUUCGAGCACUGAUAAAACUGAUAAUCUCACAUGUGAGAUUAUUUAUGAUAAUUUUACAUGUGAAAAUUAUCGCUUUUCAAUUAUCGCUUUUCUGUAAGAAUUAUCGCUUUUCAAAGACUCUCCUUUAUACAAUAAACAGAAAAAUACAUGCGUGCUUGGAAAUACCAGAUUUAUUUCAUGUCGAAAUAAAUCUGAUAUUUCCUCGCACCCAUGUAUAAUUCUCUUUAUGCUAUCUUCUAUUGUAGUCUGGAGAGGAAGAAUUUGUUAAGUUGGCUAUCGAACAGUUUGAGGUACAAUAUAUAUACAUAUAUAUUUUUAUAUCGUCUCUUUGCCUUAUACUAAUGAUAUUUGUUCAGUAUAAAUGUUACUGAGACUUUAAAAUUUUGUUGCUUUGUGUACAGGAAAGAGAGAAAAAGUUGCUAGAUAUUUGUGACAAGGAACCAAAGGUUAUUAGCACUGAUUCAGGUAAUAUUGUGGGGAAUCUCCCAGAAACACUGAAUGAUUCGCUUUCUUCAAUACACAUUUACACUUUAAUAAACACAACUUUACAAACAUAAAUAAAAUGGUUUUCUUCGCCUCAAUAUAAACCUGUACUGUCAGUCCAACGUGUCCGUUUUUCCCGAUUAAUUCCCAAAAUAAUUAACAUAAAUUAUAAUGUUUAAUAUCAACACCAGUCCCAGUUCUUACAAUAUUUAUUGCUCGAAAUUUCCUGAUAUGCCUUUUCAUUCAGUCACUUGAUUUUUGCGGUGAACGCAGUGAAAAAGUGUCCGCAAAACAUGGCGAAUUUACGCGCCAUUAUUACGCCAUAUCUGUGACAACUGGUUCCUCCGGCUCAUGGAAUUACCGCUGACCAGGCUCAAUUCUGAGCCCGGUACAAUUUUCACUCCCCCCUGGUUUUAUCAAAAAUAUUUUUGCUUUUCGAAGUUUUUGCAGUGAAUUCUCGUUGUUUAUUUAUUUUUUCGACUUUUGACCAUUUGUUCAAAGAUUUAAAUGUCGCGUACGGUAUUUCUCGCCCACGAAAGACAGCAAACCAGUAUGAAAACUCUGAUGGCAGAGCUAACAGGUAAAUGUUUCACAUACUGUUGAGAUGCUUUUAUUUUUAAUUUUUAAAAGAUAGUACGUGGGAGUAAAUGAUAGAAUAUAAUCCAUUAGAUAACAGGUUCAUUGUAUAGUAUAACGUAUAUUAGUAAAAAAUACAGAAACUUUGUUUUAUUCAAAAAAAAUGUUUUGUUUUUUUUACUUUACUUUUUCAAAUUGUUGGCUGGCAAUGGUUUUUGUUUUUUUUAAUUCAGUUAAAUCAGUUUCUUCCCUCAGAUCAAAGGGUAUAGACUGAUGACUGAAAUCUGACAUGCCUGAUUUUAUGCAAUUUUAUGUCCUGCAUGAAUAAGUGUAUAUAGUAUCUACAGGUGUAAAGGCAUGAAACAAUGCGUAUCUAUAUUCGUUGUGUUUUGUAUAUACUAGAUUCUUUGUUUCUUAUAGUAUGCAUAACUGUCUCGGGGUGCCGGAAGAAGCUAGGUGUGCCAGAAGAAGCUAGGGGUGCUAGAAGUAGCUAGGGGUGCCAGAAGCUCUGGGUGCAAAUAGAUUAUAGCAUGUUGGGUUGAAUUGGAUCUAAUUACAGACCAGAAAUGAGGUCACACAUGUUAGUCAGACAUCAAAUCGGAAACAGCAAUAAAUUGGUAGAUAUAAAGGUCACUUCCAGUCCCAGGUGGAUUUAUUUGGGGUUUUCUUCAUCUCAGUUCUCUUGCUGUGCACCCUUGUAUGAUGCAACUACCUGAUCAAGACUUAAGAAAUCAAUGAACUUCAACAUUUUGAGUGAAAGACCUAUAAUUUUCUUUUUUCAGGUAGUUGCAUCAUACAUUCAAGCCUUCAAAUAGUGUUGUGGCUUAAUAAACUGCUUUUCUUCUCAUUUCUUUUUUCACUUCUUAUUCUUUUGUCUUUUAGUGAAACUUUAGUUUUGCAGAAGUAUUUGAUGGUGAGACAAAACUGAGAUAGUUCAUAGUUACAUUUUUUUAAUUCAACUUUUUUAUUAAAGAAUAAUCAUUAAUUAGAAAGAAUUAAUUUUGUCAGCUAAAGUACCAAGACAAGCUAUUGUUAUGACUUUGUAGCCAGAUGGGUAUGAUUUUGCUUUGGCUGUUCAGCAUUUUGAUAUGUCUUGUGGUACCUGUGAAAGGUUAUCCCUGCAACAUGAAUGACAGAAUAUAACAUUAAUACAUAAUUGAGAUACAUCCUUACACAUGAUUAGUUCGUCAUGGCGGUUAGACGUGUUAUUUUGAACACCGCUAGCCCGAGUCAAAAUUUAGCUAGUUCGUUACUUGACUUUGCCAAUAAUGAUUCCCUGAGUACAGGUGAAAUUUACCGUACCAGAAAGCAAACCGAAUCGACAUUUAAAUCGCUUGGCCUAUGCUGGACGGGUGAUUUCGAAUCACUAAAACACUUUGUAGCUGACUCUUUGAAGCUGAAUGGUACCUGGUCUCAACCUGGAGGCGAUAAAAAGGUUAUUGUUGCUGAGGACGCUUCUAUCAUAUGGAGGAAGAAUAAAAACAUCCUAACUAUUGAAGGAGUAAAGGAAAAUCAACUAAAGAGGGAAGUUUGCAGAUAUAUCUGCGACUAUUCGAGCGAAUCGUUUGAUGCUUCGACAGAAAUUGAGGAUCUCAAGCAAGGACAGCAGUCGAAUGAGGAGGCAAUUCAAGCAUUGUCGGACACGAUUAGUCAUAUGGGCGCUGUUGUUUCGCAAUUUCAGGACUUUAUGGACAAAAAUAAUAAGAGUAUUGGCGAGAAAAAAUAUGACCGACCUGCCGAAUACAAAAAUCUACAUGCUGGACAUGUAAAUGAAAUGCGUGAUCGUAACGCUAAUGACGCCGAAGGGAAUAAGUCUAUCAAUACAGAGCAAUUAGAAAGUAUUAUUAUAAACGAUUGGGAUAACAGCUUAUUGCCUAAUAUCACAAUAGCCUCUUGUGAUGCAGAACCCAUCGGUAAUAAAGGUCAAAAUAUGCGAACGAUUGAUAAAUUGCAUACUACGAACAAUGGGAUUAUUCCAAUCAAGGUGAACAAUGGGGGUGAGUGCAAUGUAAACGAGGGCGAGACUAAUGACCCUGUUAUCCUGGUAAACCCAUUAAACCUCAUUGAAACUGAUAAUGACAAUCUAAAGCAUAAGCAUGGUAAUAAUCCCAUUGUGUCAGCAUGUUAAUAAUCCCAUUGUGUCAGCAGAAGUUGCAACCUCUAUUAAAUACGAUAAUAAACAAGUAAGAAACAACAAUCAAGCCACUUUUGCGGAGGUUGUGACAUCUUGCCCUGCAUUUAAUACCUGCAACGCACUUGAAAAAUCUCCUACCAAUAAAUCCCAAAAUAAUUCUCUGCAAAUAAUCAAUGAUCCAUCUAGUGACUCUGCUGACGGGUUUAUUGGUGUUGACCGGAGACGUAACAGAGUUAAGAAAUUCCUGUUAAGCGGGAUAGCUGAAAACGUAAAAGAAUGUCAAAUUGUUUCCUAUCUGAAACAACGGAAUAUAACACCUACAUAUAUUUCCGUUUUUCCAAGCAAAAGAAAAGGUACGACAUCGGCUAAAAUCCAUUUUCGUUCGGCCGAUUGUUCGCUAGUGCAACAACAAAAUUUCUGGCCUCAGUUUGUCAACUGCAAGAUUUGGCAAUCAAAAGGAGAAAUUAGAUCUAAUAUUACCCAUAACGGGAAGUUCUCAACUUAUGUAUAAUGGAGCAAAUAGAAGUCAGAGUUUCGUCACGUAAUUUUGGUUGCCGUGUGAGGCAAAGAAGGCGUACAGAAACGCGAGGUGUCAAUUAUAACAAUCUAACCCGUAUUAGAUGCACAAAUAAUUAUAAUGAAAAAAAAUUUUAAAAAACAAAAACAAAAUAAAGCUAUACUCCCGAGAAUUUGCUGCUUGAACGCACCCUCAAUUAAUGGAAAGGUUGAUGAACUUGCAGCAUUUAUGUCCGUCAACAAAGUUCAUAUAGCCGCAAUUACGGAGUCUUGGUUGACUGAUGAGAUAGGGGACGAUCAAAUAUCGAUUGGUGGUUAUGUAAUUCAUCGUAAGGACCGGACACAUGGCCGUGGGGGUGGGGUUUGCGUUUAUGUGUCUCAGCAGAUAUCCAUUACGCGAUACUUGGAAUUAGAAGAUUUAAACCUAGAGUGUAUGUGGUUGUGGGCUCGACCACCACGCCUACCGAGACCGCUAUCUGCAAUCGCAGUAUGUGUAGUGUAUAAUCCACCGGACAAAAGUGUGCAAGAACAGAGGGAACUUUGCGAUUACCUUGUGUCCUCUAUUGAUACUAUACGCUCUAAAUACCCUGAUUGUGGCAUAGUCGUUUUAGGCGAUUUUAAUCGUCUCAAUAUACAGGAUUUAGUUACAAGUCACAACCUUAAGCAAGUCGUCACGCGUCCGACUAGACAAGAUUCAAUCUUAGACUAUAUUAUUACGAACUUGAAAUCCUUUUACAAAACACCCGGAUAUUUCUGCUCCACUUGGAACAUCGGACCAUAAUGUAAUCAUGUGGAUCCCAAAAGACAUUUUUAAGGAUAAUAAUAAUACGUGUACAAAGCGGACUGUGCGUCGGUAUCCUCAGUCAGGUUUGAAUGGUUUUGGUUUAUGGUCAACCAGGAAUAAAUGGUUUAGUGGACUCUGACUCAAUCCAUCGUCGGAUGAGUUAGCGUCAUCUUUUACCAAUGAUCUGAACACUGCAUUCGAUCAUUUUUUUCCAGUGAACACAAUCAAAUUUCAUCCCACGGACAAACCAUGGAUUACUGGGCACAUAAAGCAACUUAUUAAAGAACGCCAACGUGCUUUCCACACUGGCGACGCGCAAUUGUGGCGCCAAUACAGACGGAAGGUCCAGAUAGAGAUUAAAACCAGGAAAAAUAAUUUCUAUUCCCCAAAAAAUCCAUAACUUGCGAAAAGACGAUGUUCGUCAAUGGUGGCACACUAUUAACACAAUGUCAGGUCGAGCGAAAAGCCAACCUCAGUUCACAAUUGAGCGUGACGGACAGUUAUUAUCGGAAGGUGAACUGGCAGAGUCUCUAAAUGAUUACUUCGUAAGUGUAGCAAGUGAUAUCCCACCACUUGAUAUUUCAAGCCUUCCAACAUUCUUACCAGCUGCGGUGCCGCCUCCUACAAUUCAUCCUCAUGAAGUUUGUGGUAAGCUCUUAAAACUUCAGACUAAUAAGGCUAUGGGCCCGGACAGUAUUCCACCACGAAUUUUAAAAGAGUUCGCCUACGAACUUGCUGAGCCAGUUACAUCAAUAUUUAAUACAUCUUUGUCCUCUGGACUAGUACCUGUUUUAUGGAAAGAUUCUACCAUCAUACCCAUUCCUAAAGCGAAACAAACCCAGGUUGAGAGCGAUACCCGCCCCAUUGCACUUACCCCUGUGUUAUCGAAAGUACUCGAAGACUUUGUGGUUAGUUGGAUGGUUGAGGACAUAGGUGGACAAAUCGAUAAUCGUCAGUAUGGCAGCCUGAAGGGAACAUCUACCACCCUUUGCCUUCUAGAUCUUAUCCACAACUGGCUUUCUAAAAUGGACAACCCAGGUCAUUACCUUAGAGCUUGCUUUCUGGACUUUAGCAAAGCUUUCGAUAGAAUAGACCACAAUAUUGUUAUAACAAAAUUGAUCGAUUUGAGAGUGCGCCGUUCAAUAAUCCCUUGGAUUUGUAGCUUCCUUUCAAAUCGCCGCCAGAGUGUUAAGCUGGGACAGUACGUGUCCCGAUGGCUUUCAACUAGUGCUGGGGUCCCACAGGCUACCAAAUUGGGUCCAAUCCUUUUUGUCAUAAUGAUUAAUGAUUUGAAAAUAGUAUCCCCGCGUUCCAGUAAUUGGAAGUACGUAGACGACGUGACGAUAUCUGAGUUUGUUCCAACAAGGAGACAAUCAUCUCUUUACACUUUUUGGGGUUCAAUUUCAUAUUAUUGGUACUUGUCCAAUUACCAAUUGCGUCCAAUUCGUUUUGUAGUAUAGAUAUACUAAAAAAAAAAAAUUAAAAAAAAAACCCGCCAUAGGCGGCCGGCUAUGACUUCAAGAGUAGCUCAAAAUGACGUUUUUGUUGGACACAUUUAAAGAAUAUGAUUUGUUUGCUUGAAAUGAUUAAAAAUAUGAUGUAAAAGAUGUGUAAGCAAAUUGGCCUACAUCUCUGUAUUUAGCGAUAAAAGAUGUUGUAUCUAACGAAUUUCCCACAAUGCCAUGCAUAAAAAAGCAUACCCAAGGCAUCCAACAGAAUCAUUUCGGUCGUAAAAUUGUGCUUGAGAUGCAGGCGUUGUACCAAUCUUUAGCACUGAAAAACAGAGCGGUGUCGAAGUUAAAACUACAUGUAUCAGAUGAUUUUAGUUAUUUGGGUUUUUUAAUCUAAUGUGAAUAUAUAAGUAAUUAAGGUGCUAAUUCACAUUGUCAAAAUCAAGUCCAUCAUUUUCAUAUGCAUCCAGCCAUGUCCAUCUGGACCUCCUGCAGUUACAAUUUGCACCCUACAUCUACGUUUGACAGCUUUCGUAGUUUGCAUGAUGUAUAUGCUGCACUAAGCUGCCUGAAAUGGGUGGAAGUGUUUCUUCAGUGCAAUUUCCAAUUUUAAAAAGGCUAUGUCAAGCAUUAUCCACAUCGAUCUCAUUCUCUUGUCCGUAUAAGCACGGGCUUUAGGACAAAUUCAAUUCGACAACAAUAGUAUUCUAUCUAAAUAGCAGUUAAAAUAAAGUGUACGGCACCUGAACUGUUCAAUAUCUUGCUUCUAUAUCCAUAAAACAUUUACAUAUAUGCAAAUACUGUAUAUUUUCAAAAUCCGCCAUAUUUAUUUACAUUAGAACCCAAGCUUUCGCGGUUCACACGAAAUAUUAACGUCGGUGAUUUUCACUAAUAAUAAGAGGGUAGGAUUAAAGUGGGCGUUGUCACUCGCUAACCCAAUCAGCUGUCUGGGUUCUGUACCACGUGACCUGUUCAAAUCGUUCCGAGCGGGAGGAAUCUUAUGACAUCAUAACGGCUUCGAUAAAAUAUUUUGGGGACACGUUUGUGCCAUAUAAGGAAGUUGGGGACACGUUUGUGCCAUAUAUGGAAGCAUGGUUUCCUCGCGCUUCGAACGAUUAAAUAAAAUGGAUGAUCCUACCCUCUUAUUAUUAGUGAAAAUCAACGACGUUAAUAUUUCGUGUGAACCGCGAAAGCUUGGGUUCUAAUGUAAAUAAAUAUGGCGGAUUUUGAAAAUAUACAGUAUUUGCAUAUAUGUAAAUGUUUUAUGGAUAUAGAAGCAAGAUAUUGAACAGUUCAGGUGCCGUACACUUUAUUUUAACUGCUAUUUAGAUAGAAUACUAUUGCUGUCGAAUUGAAUUUGUCACAAAGCCCGUGGUAUAAGUAAUAAACAAACUUUUGUAGAUAUGACAUUGCACCCCUGAUCAACUGUCAUUUGUUUGCCCAGAUCUUGAAAGGCACAAACAUACUCGACUUUACUGCGUGCAACUUUGAGGCGACAUGUCGUCUUUCCUUUUCGCGUGAAUGAAUUCCUGAAAGAGGAACUGAUAAAUGGUAUUGUUUUUUCAUCUUGUUCAGGUUCAGGAAACUUAUUAUGACAAGAAUCUUGAGAUUCUUUAGUUGAAUUGCCUAAGUCAAGAUCAUUUUUCAUUUGCACAUGACUUUUUGCAAUGUCACCAGAUGACAGAUCCUCCACAAGGACAAUUUUAUUGGUUUUUUAUCUUCGGGGUUAAUGAAAAAUUAACUGGGGAAAUCUUUGCUUAAAGGACAUUGGCAAUAAAAAAUUAGUUUAGUUCAUUUGAAAGAACUCUUAAAACUAUAUAUUAAACUAUAUUACAGAUUGUUUAUAUCUUGCUUAGUUUUCAAAAUAUUUCGACUGAAAAAAGUGAGCCGUUCGCCAUCUUGGAUUAUUGAGGAUAUGCAUGUUACGUCAAGAGAGGGGUCACGCUAAUUUUUUAUCUUGAGAGUAAGCGAUCAAUAUGGGUCCAAAACUUCGUUUCUGGUUGCUGUCAGAAAUUUAGAAACGAUUAAAAACAUUUCGAGUUAACUGUUUUCAUGAUUUUCGGAAUUUUGUAUGAGUUUCGACACACAUCGCCAACAUUAUUACUCAAUUUGUCCAUCGUUUUCUUAAAGUAAUAAGUUUUUCAAAUGUUUUACUGCGAAAGCUUUCUAAUUGUUCAUCUUUGCUCCCAACGUGUGUCCAUCAAAACGUGUCCAGCAAAAUUAAACGAUAUCGGACUAUAGCCUGCGGCUUACCAAACAACUUCCUCAUAGAUGCAUCAAUCUUAUAAUGAAAAGGUUCAAACGUUCAGACGUCUUGACAAACAAGAGCAGUUUAUGAUUCCCUCAAUACUCCGCCUCGAUGAUUAUUGAACGCGCAGGAAAUUUCGUGUAUUUGUAAUUUUCUAAUAAAAUAAAUUAUACAUUUUUGUCUAAUUUAAUUAAAGAAACAUUUCCACUGUUAUUGUGGUGACCUUUAAAGACCAUGUCAAGUCCGUAAUAACUGAAUAUCUAACUUUUCUGGUUCGCUAUUGUAAAUCAGUAAAUGAAUAUAUAAAACUGGAGUACGUUUCAAUUCAAAAAAGUUCGAAAGAUGCAAAAUUUGGGCAAUGUUUAUACCUGUGGGUCCCCCUUUGUUAUGAGCAGAACUGAUGCGCAGAACGGACUUGACAUGAUCUUUUACAGUAUAUUAUACCAUGGAGCUAUUUCAUACAUCAAAUCAACGUUGCACUAUCCUUGGGAUCUUUGAGUUCUUGUUCAUGCUUGAGCAUCAGCCUAGAUAAGCAAAUUCCAUUUGAUUUGUGAGGGCAUUUGUGAUAUUGGGUCAUUACAGAAAAGAUCCAGACUCCCACAGACACUACAAAAGAAGUUACAGCUGUGUGGAAGAGGGGAUCCACUAGUAAAAUGCACCAGGAUAUCUGAAGGGUAGGGAAGGGGGGUUGAUACAAAUCAUGAAAAUGAAGUUUACUAUAGACUUAUUGAGUGCCAGCACUCUCCCCUUAUGAACAAUUGAGUACCAGCGCUCUCCCCUUGACAAGUCUGGCAUUGGGCUGAAGAUUACAAAGUAUAGGUUUAUAAAUGCUGAAUUUUUUGAGGGUAGCAACUGGCAGGGAACUGAAAAGGUAGCUUGUAUAUGGGUUGUAUACAUACAUCCUAAAUAAAUAUACUGCUGCAAAACCCGGGAAACUUGCAGUUAAAAGUUGAAACCAACCAACAUUUUAAACUGAAUAAUAUAAAACAAAACAAAAUUCGAAAAAGGAUUUUGAACCCAAGAUAUGAGAUUAAUAAUAAUAUAAUAAUAAUAAUAUGACUUCAUUUAAGCACGAAAAGUAUAAGCUUGUGGGGAUAUGAGAAUGAGUUUAAGAAUAACUUGCAUAUGAGAAUGAGUUUAAGAAUAACUUGCUCAAACAAAAGUAUAAAUGUGGGGAUAUGAGAAUGAGUUUAAGAAUAACUUGAAUAUGAAAAUGGGUUUAAGAAUAACUUGCUCAAACAAAAGUAUAAAUUACAAAACUACUGUAAUCUUAUAUAAACUAGCAAUAUUACAUAUUUACUGUUUUUAGCGGUAGUUUUUGACAUAAUGCAUUUGUGCAUUUUCCAGCUAAGUUGUCAAGCAACCCUGGCAAGCUUUGGCGAGCUAGAAUUUAAAACAAAGUAAAAAAAUAAAUAAAACUUUCAUGAAUUUCACCUGAAACAAAAUUCCUUUCGAGUGAAUUGUUCCAUCUACCAGCAGAGCAAAAACUGAAAACUAACGCACUUUUUCCUCAACUGCCAAAAUAUCAAGAUUUUCUGUCGAAACUCGAAAAUUAUGAUCAAACUUUUUGCAAAAACCAGGGGGGUGAAGGAUUUUAUUUCAAGCGUUGCGAUUGCUGCCAUGAGCCGGUGAGGAACCAAUUGGCGUCAGCAAGCAUGAAAAUCCGCCAUGUUUUUCCCAGUGACGAUAAUAAUAAUAAUUGGGAGGGGGGGGGGAUAUUCAUAUAUUUGUGUUCACAGACCAUAAAAACAAUCGAUUUCAAAAGAAGUUAAUAAUGCAGAACACGAAGAUAUGAAUAUUCGCCCCCCAAUUACCGAGCUGGCGGCGCCACUGGUUUUUCCCGAACACUUGUUUGACUGGCGGAAACAUAAGAGCACGUCCUCCAGUAAUACUAUAGCUCAGUGGUUCAGCCACACUCCUGGGAGCUUCAUAUCCGACCGCGCAGAUAAAAACAAUAGAAACGUACUUGGUUGAUGUCUAAUUGCUCUUCAGUUACCGCCAUCUUUGGCUUUAGUUUUUGGACACUAGUUCUCGCUCCAGGUAUGGAGCUCACUUGAUUUUUGUUGCUAAAUUUAGGCGAAACGUCGAAUCCAAUCCUUGUUCCAUUGCUGGAGGAUACCAGUGGCACUAUGAGUACACAAGGAGAAAGUGUGGAUAAACUUGUGAAUAAAGAUUGUAUUCGUGAAGCAUUGCCUAGUGGUGCUGAAAACUCAAGUAAUGAAGUUGUCCCUUGUCAUAUAUCUAUAUCCUCUGGUGAUUCUACUUGUUCCUCACUAUCCUCUGAGAACGCUCAGUUCUAUUACUUUUAUCAAGGUAAGGUAUUUGGUGCACAAUCGGCACACGAUUGAAUCGUAACAGAGUGACAAAUGUCCGACCAAAAUUAAAUUUGGACUUUUUUGUUUAUUGCACUCCAGGCUCCGUUUGGUAAUUCAAGUCAAUAAAUACUACUUUAUGCCAAACACCACUCUAAUGCGGUGUAGUUAAAACGCUUUUAAAUUUAGCAAUUGUGCGUUCUUUGCGGGAUGAUUGUACGCAGCUUAUGCUUGAUCCAGUUUUAAGAAAACCGAUUGCUAUUUUUUGUUUAGACAAUAUGUCAGACUAAUUUUUAGCAUGGACAAACUGUAAUUUGGUUGGGAAAUUGUUUCUGCGAUAGCAGACUGAUCUCAGCCGAACCUCACUGGAACGGCGGAGAAACAGCCUGCGAUCAAUCAACACUAAUGCCGUACAGUUACGUAAGUUACGUACAUAAUUAAUUUGAAAUUAUUCAAAAAAUGUCAAAUGUCAUUGCCAUAUACAUAACAAUGUAAUUUAUGCAAUUUUCAGCGUAAUCACAAAGGAAAAUUUCAACCAGGCCCUUAUAUAAUCAGCCCCCAUUAUAUAAGCGCCCUGAUUUCUACCAAUCAUAUUCCGUCCCCCCCCCCCCCGUUGUGUGGGGGCAACUGUACGGUAUUAGUGAUCGCAGACUGUUUCUCCGCCGCUCCAGGGGGGGGGGAUCGGUGGAGAUCAGUCUGCUGUCGCAGACUAGGAAAUGUCCGACUCUGUCAUAUUUCAGGCUCCGCCAUAAUGCAACCCAAUGCAUGAUACUUUGUUAUUAGUGUUAGGAAACUUAACAGGAUGCCAAGAACGUAAGAAUAACAGCCAUUACCACCAUGAAAUGAUUGAAAGAAAACAUUGCUACUCGUCGGUUUUAAUGAAAACGUGUCAUUUCUGUAAACAAUGUAUCUAACAUUUAGUGUAUAGAAUUUUAUAUUUUCAUCCUAAUUCCUUACUAUUUAACAAUUAUUCGCCGAAGGCGAAGGGAUUACCGGUGAAUAUUCACCGUAAUAACUGAGCCUGAGGCAGAUAAUUGUUUUAGUAUAAAUUUCUAAUGAAUAAAACAAAAUAUCCAAAUGUCAGUUUAAUUAAAAUCAGAAAUAUAACUGUUUUCGGCCCGGUUUUACGGUUAUUGUUUUAGCAGUGUUUCUUGUACACGCACGCUUUCAAAAUGGCUUUCUGUGUGACUUUAUUGCUUUAUUAGAAUUUGUUUUUCUCGAUUUCUGCUUUAUAGAAUAUAAGCACAAUGAUGAGACUUUUUCACCAGACUUAGAGAAUUAAAAUAAGUUUCUCUUUAGCAUUAAUUUGUUCAGGAAAUGGCUGAGAAAAUUGGUAAAGUGGAAUCUAAAACUAGUAUUGCUCGUAAUACACUUUUUUCAUUAAAACAAGUUUCGAAAACACAAUAAUCAGCGCCAGUACACCAUACAGCACAAUGAAAACAUGACAUCAAAAUAAAUAGUAUCGUACAAAUUGAGAUAUUUAUAGGAUACAAAACAAAAUGGUUUUAAAAGAAUAUUACGGCAAGGUUUUUUUCAACAGUCGGGACAGGAGCGCCGGAGCCACGGGGGCAGCUUCCCCCGUUGCCUAAACAGUGCGGGGGCAGCACGGGGCAGCAGGUUGCCUUUUUUACCAGAACUGCAAUUCGAAAGUUGUGCGUUUUUCACAUGAAUUGAAAUUGAAAGCUCUUUUUAAAUUAAACAGUUUAGCUUAUAUUUGAAUCUGAAUUCCUCUCAGAAACGUUACCAAUCAGUUUCCAACUAUGAAAAAAAAGGAAGCCUUCCUAAAUAACUGACAACUGUCAUGUUGCUUUACAACACAUUUUAGUCUUUAGUGUCAUGCAACGAAUAAAAAUGUUCCAAUCCAUGCCGAAAUUUGUCUAACUGUAUUAGCUACAGGUAAUGAAUAUCCCUUAUACAGCAAAAUGUUAAUGAACAUUGCCCCCCCCCCCCUCCAAAAAAAAUAAGGCUCAAGAGUAAGUGCCCUUUUUAAAUGGCUGCCCCCGCCGCUUCAUGUUGCUUCCGGUGCCCCUGAGUCGGGAUAUGUUUGACACAGUAAAAGUAAUAAACGAAUCCUACUUUUCAAGUUAAAUUCAACAUUUUGUACCCACAAAAAGAUUUUGUUCCAAAUUUUAAAAUAAUUCCAUGUUUGGUCCGUGUUUUUUUAUCAUUUGCGUGUCCUCAGGGGAGCCCUUUUUCAACAGAAUCCAAUGGGUCAUCCAGUAAUAAUCGAUGCGUGGCGACGUUUCUUCGAUUCUAGUUGAAUUUCUCGUCGAAUUUUAUGCCCAAAUGAAAGGGAAGCGUGUCUAGCCUGUGUGUAUACUCUUGAUUCGAGUUCAAUUUCCCGUUGAAUUUUAUGCUCAAAGUGAACGCGAAGCGUGGCUGUGAACACUUGUUCAGUCUUCGAGUUGAAUUUCUCGGCAAAUUUUUAUGCAUGACUUUCAACUUCAUUUUGUCUCGUCAUAACCAUAUUACAAACGUUUGAAGUUCUUCAAAUUUCAAUGGCAAAAUUUUCUAUCAAUUCACAAAAAGGUGACCGCGUGUUUCUGGAGACGAUUUUUUCAAUAUUAUGUCGAUUUUGAAUGUUUUUCUCAUUAAUUAUUAAUGAUUUUUGAAGUUGUCUUAUGUUGUCUUGUUGUCGUUAUGCUGAAAAUCUCUAUUUUAAGACUAUAAACAAUUAUUGGAUGAGGCUGAGCAUGAUAUCAAGAGUCAUUCAGACGUCAGUCAAUGUUUUCCUGCCGAAGCGAAGCUGAGGCGGAUAACAUUGACUCACGUCUGAAUCAUGUCAUGCGAAAGCCGUCUCCAUUAAUUGCUUUAUUAUACAUUUAAAGAAAUCAAGAACGUAUAUAAAAUGAUUAAACGAAGUUUAUCAAUGUUUCAAGUAUAUAUUACAACAACACUGCAGUAGAGUAGAAAACGAACAUUUCUCUUAGUAUUUUCAACUUCACCAAAAUUUCACACAAUUAUUAAACAAUCAUGCAAUUUGGAAUCAAAGGUUAAAAUCAACUUUACAGUUAUAAUAUGCUUUGUCUUUAUGUGCGUUUUCAUCCAACGAAGCAAAUCUACUAUGAGCCAUUUUGUUUGUUUUAUUUUCGCUUUGGGUUUGAGUUGUUGCCGGGGCUUGGCCACGACAGCGUCCAAUAUUUUUUUUCGAUGUAAGUUCGAUCCAAAAAAACUAUUGUUGGACGCUGAGAGCACGGCAGCAUCAGAAAUUACGUAAUAAGUACCGAAUAUUGAGAAUUAUCCGGUGCUCUCUGGAAAAAAAUGAAAAAUAUACAUUUAGUAUAAAUAUUUUUUAUACAUUUAGUAUAAAUAUAUUUAGUAUAUUUAAUUAUUAUACAUUUAGUAUGGAGAAAACAUACUAAAUGUAUAAUAAUUUUAGUUAUCAGGCCUAGGCAAUAUUUAGUUAACCCAUUAGGUUGCAUUGUGCCCCAAUGCACCCUACAUUAUUAUUUUACUCUGUCUAAUGCCAAAUGUUUAAUAUUUUACUCGUCAAGGGGACAGUGCGGCCACUCAAUGGGUUAAUCAAACACAGAAAAGGCACUGAAUACUGUUUCUCGAAAUUGUUAUAUUUAUUUUAUUUCAGCUGAAGACGGUCAGCAUAUAUUCCUUCAUCCAAUUAAUGCCAGAUGUUUGAUAAAGGUAUUGGUUGUUACAGUAUAUUGCAUGUAUUUGGUCGUGGAUGCUAGUAAAUGUUACGUUUGUGAUUGACUUUGUCGUGCUUGACAAAGACUUAGUGUGCAUUUUUUCUCCUAUAAAAACAGGAGUAUGGAAGCCUGGAACAUUGUCCACAAACAAUUGCUGGUAAUAUUGUCGAAAUGGAGUGCCACACCCAAACUGAGGUACAGUCUGGAUUUCCUUCUUAUCCAUGAGAAUGAUCGUAUACGUCAAUUAUUUCAAACACUGGUAAUUUUACUACAUUCUUCCAAAGUUUUAACUUCAAAAGUUCAUUCUAAGGAUGUUAAAAAGCGAAUUUUUUUCGUUUUUUUUUUCAAAAUUUUGUCAAAACUAUGCUGGGGUCACCUAGCCUGUGAUAAUGUCAAUUUUUUUAAAUCUUGAAGAAGCGCUGAUUGGCUGUUGUGCCGCAAUCAUGAAAUAUUCAUACUCUAGUAAUCGUUGUAAUAAAUUUCCUUUAGAAAUCUUGCCAACCUUUAAAAUUUUCACCACAUAUUUUUGGCUGCCUACGAUCAUACAGGUGUUGUAAACUCGACCCAACAAGUAACUCGACGUUUAUUCUUACUUUUUAAGGAACUACGUCGUCGUUUCCGCUACCUGCGACAUUUACCUCUGACUUGCGAAUUCGUGAUAUGUGAGUUGGAUCUGAAGCAACCAGUCGUGUCUUGGGGAACUUUGAGUUAUUUCAAAGGUGAGGAAGAUAGUGAUAUUAUCCCUUUUGUGUUUGAUUGGCAUGGAAUGGCACAACAUAUAGGGCAUAUAAUUAACAAUUAUACCAUUCGCUCUCGUAUAUGUAAGAGUUAAUUACCGAGAACCGAGGCAUUUAGUCAAAUACAGGCCGAGGCGCGCAGCGCCGAGGCCUGUAUUUGACUAAAUGCCGAGGUUCGAGGUAAUUAACUGACUUAUUACAUGACUGAGAAGGUUUUCACAAAACAGCUCUUACGCUUGUGGGACGUAACACAAGUUUGAGUAUGCGCACUAUAUACGCUUUAAAAUGUGGUUAAGCAUGCGCAGUAUAUCAUUUCACGUCCCACAAGCAAAACAGCAGAUGACACUGUAUAAAUUCCCUGCACAAGCAAGUUUGAUGGUUGAUCCAGCUAGUCCUCGUGCGCCGAAUGAUAGAUACUCUUACCUAAUGGUAGAGUUUUGACGGGCUCUGAGGUACACGGCUGUUGUCUCUUUCCCGACUGGAGACGGUUCAGCGUUUAUCGAGUUGGGAAAGAGACUAACCUCUCAUUAGGUACUUACCCAGAUAAGUACAUCAUGAGUAUAGUUUAAAUGAGGUAUUUAUCUAGAUAAAUACCUCAUUAAACUAUUCAUGAGGUAUGUAUCUAGUUAAAUACCUCAUGAAUAGUUUAAUGAGGUAUUUAUCUAGAUAAAUACCUCAUUAAACUAUUCAUGAGGUAUUUAAGUAUAGGUUAUUUUUUCAUAUAUAUCCCCAUAUGUGAUUUAUUCACCGAGGCGCGCAGCGCCGAGGUGAAUAAACACAUAUCCCCGAGGUGCCUCAAAAUAACGUACUUAUUUUUCACACUGCGAGGUCGCGUUAAUGAGUCAGGAUAGAAAUAAUUCUUAAUGCCAUAUUGCCGUCGUUAUGCUGUUUUUUUUCUCAUUUUUUGUGCUGCAAAGACAUUGCAGGUGAAUAUUAGAGGGGAUUAUUAAUAUUAGAGGGGAUUAUUAAACGGAAAUUGAUUAGAGGGGAAUAUUGAAUAUAUUCCCCGAUAAGAACAAAGGAAACCGAGCCGGGUGAAAAAUAACUAGAUAUAUACCUCCUCAUGUGUGCAUUGAGCAAUUCAAAUUCAUACAUCAGCCCCGCUCUUCCCUGCUGAAAAUCAAAUCCCUCCCCGGGCUUUCAGAUGGACGAGUAAUUACGCUAGAUACAAGGUCUUGAAUAACAAAAGAAAUCGACUCAAUCGUGUAAUAAGAGCUAAUAGCCGACGAGGUGCGUAGCACUGAGUCGGCUAUCAGCCAUAUACGACGAGAGCGAAUGGUAUAAUUGUUUUAUAAUAUAGUCUAAUAUAGCCAUUAACUGAACCAAUAAUUAUCCUCUGUUACAAUGACAAUGUCUUGACAAUUUGUUCGGCCAAAAACCGCUUGGCCUUGAAAAUUUGAAAUACUUUUGUUUUACAAAGUGAAAGAAAUGGUUUUAGAACCGGUAUAUCUCACAGAAAAGCUCAGAUAUAUUAUACAGAUGUUUGGUAGUAUAGUAAGUGCUUGUUGACUGCAAAUUCAUUUGUCUUUCGUUGCAAACUUUUCUGAACAAUUUAUAUUCUCAAUGAACAUGUUUUUUUCGCUGUUGAUUCGGUAUUAAUCCUUUAAAAAACUUGUAUUUACACUAAUUUCUAUGGAAUAAAUGUAUUUUGCUAACCUGUAUGUAUUAAAUGUUUUGUUUACAUGCAGUAUUAUUAAGGCCAUCGCAAUUUUACUUUACUCGAUUUCUGAGUGAGUUGCGGAUCAAAUUCUGAUGCAAAGCCCGAUUUCGAUUUGAUAAUUUGAUUUGUAAUUCCGUUAUUCAUCACUAUGAAAAAAAGACCUUAUUUGCAAGUUUUUGCAGUCCGGCUCUGUAUGUAUUAAAUGUUUUGUUUACAUGCAGUGCAUUUAUGCAUCUGCUAUUUUUAGCGCGCAUGCCAAAAAACCAUGCAUUCAACCAUUUCUAUAUGAUGUUUGUGAUGUUACUCUGAGUGUGCAUCCACACCGGGCAAGCUGAAAAGCUUGCUUAGUCACGGUGGGAAUCGAACCCGCGACCUUUAGGAUACUAGUCCAAUGCUCUGCCAACUGAGCAACGCGGUCAAGUCGGUUCGAGUUGGUUCCUGAUAUUCGAGAGGACACUGAAGUGGACGAAGAAUAUUCAUGUUAUUGUGGUAAAGUAUGUAAGGGUUUAACAGGUUUACAAGCGCAUAAACGUUCCUGUAGAAUUCUCGACUUAUCGGAUAUAAAGCUUUACUUGAAAACCCAAUUGUGCAUGAGGUAAAUGCGGAGGAGCCGGUUGACGAAGAGCCAUAGGGCUAUAGAGUUGUAGGGUUGUAGAAUUGUAGGGUUGUAGAGUUGUAGAGCUGUAGAGUUGUAGAGUUCUAGAAUUGUAGAGUUGUACAGUUGUAGGGCUGUAGAGUUGUAGAGUUGUAGGGUUGUAGAGCUUUAGAGUUGUAGAGUUGUAGGGUUGUAGAGCUUUAGAGUUGUAGAGUUGUAGGGUUGUAGAGCUGUAGAGUUGUAGGGCUGUAAAGUUGUAGGGCAGUAGAGCUGUAGAGUUGUAGGCCUGUAGCUUUGUUGCCACGAACAGUGCCAAAAUUCGCCAUGAUUACAAUUUUAAAUUUGUCUUUAGGCGAAUGCCAAAAGUUGGUGGAAUAUGAUAUAGGCGUGCGUUUACAAUUAACAAUUAUUCACUGAAGGCGAGGUGACCGAGCCUGAGGCGAAUAAUUGUUUUAGUAUUUUUACACAAGGAAGUUACUGACAAAGAAAUAAGUUGUACAGGUUUAAUUACAAGUUUUCCAGUUUAAACAAUUUCCUCUAUUUGCCGACCGAUAUUUCAAGCAAUGUUGCUGGGUUAGGGUUUACGUUAACCACGCAUGCGUCAUCAAUUACAGAAAAAUUAUUAAACUUUGUAGAUGAUUUAUGGGUAUGCCCGUCAAGUGCCCAAGUAUUUUUCGUUUCCCGUUAAAAAAACACAACUGUAGGUUUACAAUGGUAGUACUUGGUAUAUGGUGCCAAACUUACGAAAAUUGCUAUUUAAUUUGCCUUAUAAUGUGUGACUUUGCAAACUAGUAAUAGUGUAUCUUUUUCAGAAAAAAUCUCAAAUCCUGGAUAGAUGAACACCGCGAAAAAACGUCUGCGCAUGCACCAAAUUAUGAAAAUAUGGCGGGGAAUUUGAAUAUCAAUUUCUAAAACAAAAACAUGCUUAUUAAUUGGUCAAAAAUUAGUAAAACAAACGAGAAAAUAUAGCAAAUGGGUAGACUAGACAUUAAUUGAAAGCGUCCUGGCAUUUAAAGUAUGGAAUGAAAUAUAAUUCAUGUAAAAAAAUGUUGAUUUUAACGGACACGACUUCGAAAAUUUUUGCAAAAUUAUUCAAAACAAAAAUUCAAACUAAAAAGUUAAGAAAACUCUCGAAAAGUUAAGCUUCUUAACCCACUCAAAUUGUAGAAUAAAUCCUAAAGUUUAAUUAUUGUGAACACGCAAAUUUUUUAUAUUUGGCGACACAGUUUUUUUUAAAGAAAUGUAUCUCAAACGAAAAUUCGGAAAUUGUCAUUGCUUAGUUGAUAAACAAAAUGUUUCAGACGAUAAAUUUGUCAACAAUCACCUUUAGUUCAUGUUCUUGUACAAUACAAUUUCUUGAACCAUCUGGCUGUAUUUAUUUCUAGUUUUUAGAAUGACAUGUUUAUUUUUGCGCUUGAAAUCUGGCUGUAAAGACGCACAAUGAAGUCACUCCUUUUUACCGCCAUUUUGAGCCUUCGGAAACGUUCGGAACAGCUUCUCAUCAAGUUCGCAACCUAAUACUAUUACAGGUAAGGUUGACGCAUGCGCAGACGUUUUUCCGCGGUGUUGGAUAGAUGUCCCUGAUUUCUUGUUGUAAGGAACUAUACGCACUGAUUGUUAAAAUAUUUUGAUACAUAAGACUCUCACUUGCUUGCUUCGCGAGAUUCGUACGAAAAUCUGCUAUUUACGGCAAUUUCAAGCCACCAUUUUGGACCCGUCAAGGUGUAAAAUAACGAUGGGCCAAAUUUUACAAAAAAAGCUUUUUAACGGAAACCGAUUUCUUUUUUCAUACAAUUACUUUCUACCCUGCUGGCAGUGGUUUCUGAGCUGAGGAGAAACCACUGCGAGCAAACGAGCGACCUAUCGAGCAUGCGCGAAGAUCUAUCACAUGAUGGGAAGUCACUAAUUUGACUUCAUUUCCUGUAGUUUGUUAUCUGUAAACAAGCGUGGCAUACUACUCUUUUAUUUGUUGUCUGUCAGUUUUAAUCGAACGACUUUUUAAUUCUACAGGCAGUUCACAAUUUAUGUAUAGGUUUUAAUCUCGUUAUUGCCAGUACUAAAAUAUGUUGAAAUCGGUGCCUCACCCUACGGCUACAAAUUGUGCAUUUGAAUUUCUGUUAUAUCUUUUUAAAAUUUUGUAUCAAUAUCAAUUUUUUUAUUGCGGUCUAGGAACUUUAUUUGUGUUACUUAAACGUUGGAGAUUGUGUUAAGGUUUUCGUUAAAUUCCAAUUCCCAAAGUUUCCAAAUAAUGUAAUAACGUUUCCAAUUACUGUUGAUUUUGACAAUUAUUGCAAUUUUUGAUCGUCGCGACAUCAACCGCUACAAAUUUCAACCGAUCAAAGAUCGUUGCGACGUGCGGCGCUACUAUUUCUGUAAAAGGUUGAUUUUUGUUUGCAGUGCAUAGUUAUUCUGUUGAACGCUAGGCAGUUUUCAAGUCAUCUUAAUGUAUAAUUUCUCACAUUUUAUUCAAUAUUUUGUAAAGCCGUUAUAAUAUUUUGUAGUAUAUUUAUAGCGUGUUACUAUAUUUAGAGUGUGAUGUUGUUUUUACCAAUGCACAACAACAAAAACUUGUCAAACUUGUUUUACCGGUUUAAAAUUUAAUGUAUUCGUCCAUGAAUCUGGACUGCGGCUACAUGAGACGAUCGUUCGUUUGCUCGCAGUGGUUUCUCCUCAGCUCAGAGACCACUGCCACCAGGGUAAUUACUUUCAUAUUCCCAUCCAGAACUGGGUGCCCGGUUCUUAGAAAGACAGCCUCUUAAAUUCCUCGCCAUUUUUUCUAGUACACGCGCAUGCGCAGACGUUUUUCUGCGAUGUUGGAUAACAGUAUUAUAUGAUGCAUUUCUCCCAAGAUGACCUGUGCAAGCGUCGUUUACGCAGACAGAAGAAAGCAAAGGAAGAAGCAAGGCAUGACAACAAAUGUAAAUCUAAGAUGACUUCUUUCACUGGGAUUAAACAACCGCAAACUGAAAAUGGUAUGUUUACGCUAUUAUCAUUCAAACCAGUUUCAACCGAAUGAGUUUACAAGUACAUAUUCAUGAUAUUCAAUUUAUGUAAACAUAUUAGACCGUGGGCCGUUGGCCAAAAUUAUUUCACUUCGUGGCAACCCUUUGGGGAAUACAUUUUCUGUGAUUCAAUGCGUAGUACCAUGCAUACUCGACUACCACAAAAAGUUCCGAAGCAAAAAACAUGCCAAACACCGAGAAAAUGGGUGAGCAGUGAUUUUCCUCUAUUAAAUUGUAUUACAGCAAGAAAAUGUGAAAUUUUCUGUUCAGUUACAACAAAAAUGACUUGCAUCAUCAGAAAGCUUACAAAAAAACGCAUAUAAGACAUUCAGACAGUUUUUUGAUCCUUGAAAUAGUCUUUGAGUUAUUGCUGUUUUAAAUGUGAAAAUUGAACCAAAAUGUCGCAAAAAGGACUGGGUACUAGGUCAAAAACCCGUUUUUGACAGCGUAUUAGGCCGUUUGCUGCGUCCUGAUAUCGUUCACUUUCAUUAAGCAUGUCUUGGAACUGAAAUAUUUUUACGGAACUAACACUUUCAAGCACGCUGAGUUCGAAUCCGAAAACUUCCCGCGCCGUAAACCCGCAGUUUUCUCACAAAAUGCUAUUUUAUGUUCGCUAAUUUCACUACAAAAUUUUUCAUUGUUCAUCGACAUGGAUGGAUGACGCCACACGAUUAUAUCACUCAAGACGACCAAUUUCUAUUAACCAGUCUUCCUUUUAACAAAAGACCGGUUUUGCCCGAAUUAUUUUGAGUUAUGUAAUAUUAUGCGUGUUGCAUGUAAACAACAUAUCUUGUCUACAACUUUGGGAAGGUACAGAUAACGCCUUCUAAAAUCCUCAGUUCUACCGAUAUCUCUGUAAAAUCCCAAGGACAUCAAUGUUAAGUCUUUUGGCUAUAUCGCUGGCCUGAAAAAUAACUAAUUUAACACGAUCAAGGUAUUUAAAACAAAAGUAAUGCGAAGCCAACGUAACGGCAAAGACAACGCUAAAGUGAAAUAUUGUCGAUUGGUUGCUAGUAGAAGACUUUCGACAGGAUGAAUCUUAUAUAACCUUAAACUAGGGGAAUAAAUGUUCGUAUCAAAGACAAAGAACAGUGCCAAGGUAUAAAAUCUGCUCUGUAACCUUACGACGAAGUUGAGAAAUGUGUGCAUAAGCUGUUUAUUUGGUGAUUUCAACGUAUAUGGCAGCCCUCUUUCCAAUAAUAUUCGCUAAUCGCACAGAAUAACACCAACUGAUAUAAUAGUUCAAAUGCAAUGAAUUAAAAUUAUUAUUAUUAUUAUUUUUUGUUUCAAUUCAAUGUUUCCAUCACGGUUAACGAUUCCAUACUUGAUAGAAUUGACUCCUUCAAAUACUUAGGAGUUACAAUUCAUCAAAACUUAACCUGGUCAGAACAUAUCGACAACAUCAGCAAGAAGUUUAAUCAACGCCUUGAUCUAAUUCGCCGCAUAAAAUUCUUACUCCCUAUUCAAGCCAGACUCACCCUCUACAACAGCCUAGUCCUCCCUCUGUUGGACUACAGUGAUAUCGUGUGGGGAGAUAAAAACAACUCCACUCUAAUGAACCACCUUCAAGUUCUGCAACAUAACGCUGCGAGACUUAUCCUUGAUCUUCCUCGCCAUUCCUCCGCUACCGAAGACCUUGAAACUCUAGAGUGGAAACCCCUUUACCUACGUCGAAAAUACCACCGUCGUAUCUCCGUCUUUAAAUGUCUUAACCAUCUAGUCGAAUUUGAUUUUAACCUUACCAUAAUCUCCCGUAUACAUAGCCAUAAAACACGCAAGAAUAAGAAUUACUACCUUCCACGCCCACGUACGAAUUGGGAGAAAACAGCAAUUCACUUAUCACUCGGUAUCGGAAUGGAACUCUUUACCUAUUGAACUGAAACAAUCUACUAAUCUUAAUCUCUUUAAAUCCAAACUAAAACAAUUUAUCUAAUUAAGUUGAACAAUUUAUCUAAUUAAGUUGAGUUUUUUCUAACUAUGAAGUAUAAUUAUAUAUAAUCCACUUGUAAAUAUUUUAUAGUUUUUAAAUAAGCAUAGACGUAUAGUUUACGAAUACCAUGUAUAAUAUAGAUAUAUAUUACAGGACCUCCCUGAAAAACACUUCGGUGAGUGGAGCUUCCUGAAUAAAUAUUAUUAUUAUUAUUAUUAAUGAUAAGUUACCUCUUGAAUUACAUCUCAGAAACUGUGUUGGAAAUGGAAAUGCUGACCCGUUCCAUAAGAUUACCGUUUUACUUCGUUGUAUAAAACAUUUUGAUCGCAUGUAGGCCUAAUGAAUUAUUUCUCAUCCCAGAGACAUAGCCCAACGACUUAACAUUGACGUCCUUGUGAUUUUAUAGAGAUAUAGCCAGAACUGAGGAUUUUACAAAGCGUUAUCGGUACUUUCCCAAAGUUGUAGACAAGAUAUGCUGUUUAUGUCCAACACGCUUAAAAUUACAUAACUCAAAAUAAUUCGAGCACAACCGGUCUUUUGUUCAAUGUAGAGACUGGUUCAUAGGAAUUAGUCAUUUUGAGUUAGCAAUCGUGUGUCUUCAUCCAUCCAUGUCGUUGAACAAUGAAAAAUUUUGUUGUGAAAUUAGCGAAGAUAAAAUAGCAGUUUGUGAGAAAAGUGCGGGUCUACGGUGCGGGAAGUUUUCGGAUUUGAACUCAGCGUGUUCGAAAGUGUUAGUUCUCAUAAAAAUAUUUCAGUUCCAAGACAUGCUUAAUGAAAAUCGUUUUCUAGGCACUUUUCGAGGUCACAGGAAACGGCCUAUAUAACUCGAAAACAAUUUGAGAUAUAAAAAGCUGUUUAAAUGUCUUAUAGACCUUAUUCAUAAAUCGUGACGGGGCCUCGUAUCCUAGGAUACGGGAACAAAACGCGGGAAAACAAGCGAAAACUGCUUGACAAGCCAAAUUCAGAUGCUAUUGUGCCGACUUUAACGGCUUGUUUCUUGUUGCUUUUUACAAUUUAUAACAAUUUGUGUGUGUAUUUUAAGACUUUGUGCCCACAACGAAAGCGGUAAACGAGUAUAUUAUAAAAGCGACCGGUUUUUCUCCCGUUUUUGUGUGAAAAAAAUGACAACGUAGCGAUGGUGUUUAUCCAGAAGGGAAAAACAGUAUUUUACUGAGAUUUUAACGUCAAUAUAAAGGUUUAUUCCGUAAAGAAUCAAGACAACUAUGGAAUGGAAGUAUAAUUUUUCGAAUUUGACAUAAAUAUGAAAGAAAAUAACAGUCAAAAAUCACAAGAGAACGUCAAAUGUUAUUGAUUCGUACGGAAAAAUAUGAACUAUGACUGUGGCUCGAUAACAUUUUGCAAACAGCUUACAAGUUUAAAAAAUGAAGGCUACAUUACCUGAGUGAGUUGUAAUCUUAUUUCUUCAACAAUUGUUUCAUAUUUCGUACGAUUUUGGUGUUGUAUAGACGUUUUGUAGCCUUGUUGGUUGUUUGUUUCGGCCAUACAAACUACGACAAUAAUACAAAGUCAAAGGUUUCCUUUUUCGAUUGACUCCAGCAUCUUUUGCUUUAAAUAUCAUGUUAUAUUUUCUCAGAAGUAUUUUUUUUAACUUUCAAGCUCAGUUUUAUACUAUUAUUUUCGAAAAAAGCCGUAAUAUUCACGAAAAAAGCCGGCCAUAGCCGACAGCAAAAAAGCAUUUUGUCAAUUUUCCCGCGUUUUUCCCCGUUUCCUAGGAUACGAGGCCUCAUCACGAUUUAUGAAUAAGGUCUAUAUCCAGUUUUUUGUAAGCUUUCCGAUGAUGCUAGUCAUUUUUGUUGUAAUUGAAUACAAAAUUUCACUCUUUUUUUUGCUGUAAUACAAUUUAAUAGAGGAUAAUCACUGAUCACCCAUUUUCUCGGCGUUUGGCAAGUUUUUUGCUUGGGAACUUUUUGUGGUAAUUGAGCAUCUAUGGUACUAUGCAUUGAAGCACAGAAAAUGUAUUCCCCAGGGAGUUGCCACAACGGCCGACGGCCUAUAUAGCAAAUGCUUGACCCAUGCUGAAUUAAUAUAAACGAGUAUGUUUAUGACAUUCAGUAUAUAUUUCAUAAUUUCCAGUCUUAAAUCCGUCUGACCGUGUAGCUCAGUAGGUAGAGCGUCGAUCUAGUAAUUCGAAGGUCGCGGGUUCGAGACCCAGCCGCGGCAGACAACAUCUUUCUGCUUGCGCUGGGUAUGGAAAUUAUAUAAUACACACUCUAGAACAUUUUCAUCUUAUAUAUAUAUAUAUAUAUAUAUAUAUAUAUAUAUAUAUAUAUAUAUAUAUAUAUAUAUAUAUAUAUAUAUAUAUAUAUAUAUAUAUAUAUAUAUAUAUAUAUUUUAAGGAGGCUCCCUACAGUUCCGUGCUGGAUGUUCGCGGGACAAGUACGCGAACUAUCCCACGCAACUGCAUGAUCAAAACAAAACAAAAAUUGACCAUGCUUUUUUUAAAAAUAAAGCUAUUUCUGAAAGGUUUUUAGUGGAAAAAAGUGUUGAAUAAUACUUUGUUUUGAAUGCCAAAUCACUUGCGAGUCUACACAGCAAUUCUACAUAUGAUACGAAUAUCACUAGACCAAAAAUAGCUACGAAACAACAUUUUUUAAUUUUUUUAUACACUGUCAACUGACUCAACUGUAAAACAUUUGCAAAAUUGCAUACAAACGUUUAAAAAGUUGUUUACUUCUCAAGAAAACGUUCACGUUUUUAGUCGAGUUUCUACAAGAUUAAAGUGAUUAUAUGUAAACAGAAAAAUAUUUCAGUUUCAUAGCCUAAUUGUUCAUUUUUAGCAAAAAGUACAAAACCAAACAUAAAACAAAAAAACACGUCCACCUGUUAAUGGGCUGUUACAGCUCAUAAAUUGAGUAAACGGCAGGAUUCAAUUAGCUUCAACCUUGUUUUCAUCGAUUUAAUCCUUCACAAUAAUCCUUGGCUGUCCAUAACACUCAAAUAAAUCGAAAAGUUGACAAAAACAAGACAGUAAAAACAACAUUGCGGCUCGAUUUUGCUGAAUGAAAACUCGUUCUGCGCCCGCGUACAAUCUUUUACUAGUCAGCGACGCUUUUCAAUAGGGGAAUUUCUCGAGUUACACGAGGCUAUUUUCUAACUUUAUUUGCAUUUUACUCAUUAGUUUCAUCGGUGACCUAUCUUCAAAUUUUGACCACGAAUUUAUUUUGCGGUAAAUUUUAUAAAUUUCAAAUUCUAAAAAAAUUUGUAGUGUGGAAAUUUCGCAAUAAAUUUUUCGCUUUUAAAAAAGCACACUACAGAAUUUUUUUAAACUUUCACCACAGUUGCAGAGCAUCAUUCCUUAUUGAUAUAUGAAAUAAAAAAGUUAGGUCACCGACAUCGUUUUUGAGAUAGCGGCACAUUUAUGGGUUAAAUUGGAAGGCUUUAUGCUGUCGUCAUGUUGCCAUGGGAACAUUGACAUCGUCGAAAUCUAGUUCGAAAUAUUCCUUAGGUGACCAAUAUUUCCACCAAGUCGAAAAGAAUUCGCGUUCUGCACGAAUAAGCCUGUUUUACGGAAUUAUUGCUUAAACAAGAAUAACUGUAGGGAGCCACCUUAAGAUGAAAAUGUUCUAGAGUGUGUAUUAUAUAAUUUCCAUACCCAGCGCUUCCAUAUAUAUAUAUAUAUAUAUAUAUAGUUAUAUAUAUAAUAUACAGUUAUAUAAUAUAUAUAUUAUGAUUGUACUCUCAGUUACUAUAGAAACACCAAACUUGGACAGUGAGCAAGACUUUCCACAACAAGUCGCGUCCAGUCCUACUGUUUGGAUUGCGUCAUCUCCGCGCACCCAAGGACCGUGGUCUAAUGCUGGAAGAGGUAUAGCAGAGUGCACUGUGGUACAAAACUUGGUCAAUAUAUAGCUGUAAUCUGUCCUUCAUCCCCGAGCCAACGGCGCCGAGCGCCGUUCCGGGCGUAAGCCCGGGGCGAGGGUACUAAUUCUGCCCGGCUAUUUACACCCGGGGAAACGAAAGCAUUAGCGAAGUAUAAAGUUUACAGCUCGAUCUCUUCCGAAAAUUAAGGCUAUGUCUUAAUUGUAAAAAGCGUUCAAAUUAAGAGAUUGCCUUAAUUUUAAACCUAUCCCCCCCCCCCCCCCCCCCCCCAACCGCUAAUCCUAAUCUAAUCUUAGUUUAACCCUAAUCCAACCCAAAUCUGGCGACCUUUGUUUUUUAUAAAUAAUGUUUUUUUUAUAAAUAAUGUUUUUUAUAAAAUAUGGCCGUUUCCCAGGAGUGAAGAAGGCAAAAAAAUAAAAAAUACAUGAUAGCUUGGAAAAUCGUUUCACAUAACAAAUUGUAAAACGUUUUUACAAUUUUUAAACGUAAACAUUUAUAAGAAUUGAUUUGGUGUGAGAAACCCUGAAGAAUAGGGCAAAUCUGUUCAAUUGUUUAUGCAUGUAUGACUUUGUGUUAAUAUAGACUUUGGUCGUGAUGUUCAAAUCUUUCCUAUGCACUGUUUGCGAAAGUUUCUUAGUUAAAUUAACUUUUGUAGAAGUUCAUGAUAAAGAGGAAAGCAAAUUAUUUUCAAUAGUGCUCUGUACGAAUUAAAUUUAUUUCAUUUCAAAGUGCGAGUAUUAAUAAGUUGAAGCUCGACGAGUUGUAGAGUUCAUAAAUAUCGGCAAAAAGCAGUUAUUUUCAAUUCACAUUUAAAAACGUUUUACGUGGAGUUUUGUUUUGAAUUUUACAUCAAAAUAAAGCCCAUAGAAACCAAAAUAAUAUACGUACUUUAUAUAUUUUAGAAAUUGAUUGUUCUGUAUUUAAAAGUGUUCAAUUUUCAUCUAUUUUUUGCAGGUUUAUACAAAAAAUUAAAAAAACAAUUGUCGUGUUGCCAUGACUAACAUGACGUGGCAACACGAGACUGCGUUCAGUGUUGGCGUAAUUACGAUUACUUUAUGUUGAAACAAUGUUGUUGUUUUUUUUAUGUUUGGAGAAUAUAGGUGAGGGGUUGCGCAUGCGCAUGUAUUUCCUGCAUAGAUAUCCCGUAUACAAUUGUAAAUCUUCCUUCUUAAGGUAACCGCAAAUUGACUACUUAAAUCACUUAUGCAUGGUUAUAAUUUUAUAUAAAAAAUUGUUAAUUAUUUAUAGAAAUAGUUAUUUUAGAAUCCAUUUCUGGAAUAUAUUCUACAAUCUAUAUAACAACUUUCCACUCCAACAUUUCGCUGAUAAUUCAGCGCACUCAAUGUUCACCCCGCCAUUUUUGCAAAAACAACAAAUGCUUUUUUUUCGCGCAAAGGAUGACGGCAUUUUUGAACGCUAAUUACUCGAUAUUUUAAAAUUAGUAUUUUAAAGUUCAGUGUUGAAACAAUGUUUGAAAAUAUAGGCGAGGGGUUGUUGCAUGUAUGUAUUUCUAGUAUUUACUGUAUCUAAACUUAUGAAGUUUAAGCUUAUGGACAAUAUAUACAUGUAAUAUUCUGUGUUUUUUUUCCAAAUACAUGCAGAUCAAGAGAAUGUAGCUUUUGGCACUUCGUUUGCAAAGGUACUGAGGUUUUUUUACCGUAGACCCGCAGUUUUCUCACAAAAUGCUAUUUUAUCUUCACGAAUUUCACAGCAAUUUUUUUCAUUGUUUAACGACACGGAUCGAUGACGAUACACGAUUAUGUCACUCAAAAGGACCAAUUUCUAUUAACCAUUCUUCCUUUUAACAAAAGACCGGUUUUGCUCGAAUCAUUUGGAGUUUUGCAAUCUUAUGCGUGUUGGACUUAAACAACAUAUCUUGUCUACAACUUUGAGAAGGUACAGAUAAUUCCUUCUAAUAUCCUUAGUUCUAGAUAUAUCUCUGUAAAAUCACAUGGACGUUAAGUAAUAUUUCAAAUCCGUGUUAGUGUUUUAGACGUGGUUUCUAAAUACAAGUGCCAUGAACAAUUGCGAGGCGCAGCCGAGCUAUUGUUCAUGGCACUGGGGAUUUGGAAGCCAAGUUUAAAAGACUAACGAGGAUUUGAAAUUGCUUCUCACGCAUCAUUAGAUAUUCAUAGCAAUGAGGCAUGAAAUUAUUAGAUAUUCAAAAAAGUGAGCGUGGGCAUUAACGAUUACAUUCGCUUGAAAGUUUGCAUGAAGUGUGACGAAGCAUUCAUGCAGUUCGCUUUCGUCAUGAAUAGAUGAAUUUUGUUGGCAAAAUAGCAUGGCAUCUUCUUGCAAGAAAAAGAGAACCGGGAAGUGUUGAGCAAAUGCAGUAUUGAAAAUGUAAAGAAAGCCACUCACUGACACCAACAAUCUGAUAUAUCCGAUCUCCAUCCUUGCGAUAUGGCGCUAUAUCUGGUGGAAAAUGGAAGAGUCGCGAAGCGAAUAUAUUAGACGGUAAACAUUACUGAUAAGUUGCUGUAUUAUUGCUGUAGUGUUUAAUUAAAGCGCUGUUUAUUAUGAUAGUUGGUUAAAAAAUCGUAAUUUUCCUUUUCGUAUAUUUAUGUAGUUUUCAAACGUUCGGAAAAAGUGUUAGAUAUAAAGUGUAGUUAGAGAAAUAAUUCUAAACAUAGCAAUUAAAUAUAUUUGCAUAAUCUUUUGUUUACCCCCUUGAUUUCCCUAUUGUUCAAAGCCCUUCUCACUUGAAGUAAUUAAAGUCCUGGUCUAGACGGGGUAUCCAGAUAUAUACACGUGAUGUAAAUUAUACCAUGUCAUUUGCCGAAAAGCUAUGAAUAUCUAAUGAUGUGUGGGAAUGUUAAGUCUUUGGGCUAUGUCUCUGGGCUGAGAAGUAAUUCCUUACAUGCGAUCAAAAUGUUUUAUACAAAGAUGUAAACGGUAAUCGAUAUGUAAUGGAUCAGCAUUUAAGUUUCCAACACAGUUUCCGAGACGUAAUUCAAGAGAUAACUUAUCAUUGCAUUUGAACAUUACAUCAGUUGGUGUUACUUAGGCUUCCGUAUACGUUGAUAUCACUAAAUAAACAGCUCAUGUACACAUUUCUCCACUUCGUCGUAAGUUUACAGAGCAUAUUUUAUACUUUGGGACAGAUCUUUGUCUUUGAUGUGACCAUUUAUUCUUAUAGUUUAAGGUUAUUUAUGAUUGAUCCUGUCGUAUAAGUGUUCUACCAGCAACCUAUCGACAAUAUUUCAUUUUAGCGUUGUCUUUGCCGUUACAUUUGUUUUAAAUACCUUGAUCGCAUUAAAAGAGUUAUUUUUCAGGCCAGUGACAUAGCCAAAAAACUUCGCAUUAAUGUCCUUGUGAUUUUACAUGUUGUUUACGUCCAACACGCAUAAGAUUGCAUAACUCAAAAUGAUUCGAGCAAAACCAGUCUUUUGUUAAAAGAAGACUGGUUAAUAGAAGACUGGUCCUGUUGAGUGACAUAUUCGUGUAUCCUCGUCGAUCCGUGUCGUUGAACAAUGAAAAAUUCGUCGUGAAAUUAUUGUGAGAAAACUGCGGGUCUACGGAGUGGGAACUUUUCGAAUUUGAACUCAGCGUGUUCGAAAGUGUUAGUUUCCGUAAAAAUAUUUCAGAUCUAAGACAUGCUUAAUGAAAGUGAACGAUAUCUGAGUCACAACACACGGACUAGUAGUCUCAUAUGUGUUUUAACAUGCGCAUUAUUGAUUCUCUUAGGCAUUAUCCUCUGGUAAACCAACACCUUCGAAAUUGCUUGUUCAGAAAGUGAGGACACAGUCUGAAGGUG